AUGGAACUGGUGAACAUUAGAUAAUGCAAUCAUUUAUGUACUCUAUAAUUCUGUAUAGCACUUUGGCAUCUGCUGAUGUAAAAAGGGCUUUAUAAAUACAUUUGAUUGAUGACUAUAUAUAAAAGUAUGUGGACACCCCUUCAAAUUAGUAGAUUUGGCUAUUUCAGCCUCACCCGUUGUUGACAGGUUUAUAUAAUCAAAUACACAGCCAUGCAAUCUCCAUAGACACACAUUGGCAGUAGAAUGGCCUUACUGAAGAGCUCAGUGACUUUCAACGUCAUAGGAUGCCACCUUUCCAGUAAGGAAGUUCAUCAAAUUUCUGCCCUCGUCAACUGUAAGUGCUGUUAUUGGUGAAGUGGAAACGUCUAGGAGCAACAACGGCUCAGCCGCGAAGUGGUAGGCCACACAAGCUCACAGAACGGGACCGGCGAGUGCUGAAGCGCAGCGCGUAAAAAUUGUCUGUCCUCUGUUGCAACACGCACUACCGAGUUCCAAACUACCCCUGGAAGCAACGUCAGCACAAUAACUGUUUGUCGGGAGCUUCAUGAAAUGGGUUUCCAUGGCCGAGCAGCCGCACACAAGCCUAAGAGCACCAUGCACAAUGCCAAGCGUCGGCUGGAGUGGUGUAAAGCUCGCCGCCAUUGGACUCUGGAGCAGUGGAAACACAUCCUUUGGAGGGAUGAGUCACUCUUCAUCUGACAGCAUACAAUGACAUUCUAGACGAUUCUGUGCUUCCAACUUUGUGGCAGCAGUUUAGGGAAGGCCCUUUCCUGUUUCAGCAUGACAAUGCCCCUGUGCACAAAGCGAGGUCCAUAUAUAAAUGGUUUGUUGAGAUCGGUGUGGAAGAACUUGACUGGCCUGCACAGAGCCCUGACCUCAACCCCAUUGAACACCUUUGGGAUGAAUUAGAACGCAGACUGCGAGCCAGGCCUAAUUGCCCAACAUCAGUGCCCGACCUCACUAAUACUCUUGUGGCUGAAUGGAAGCAAGUCCCCACAGCAAUGUUCCAACAUCUACAUUUACAUUUUAGUCAUUUAGCAGACGCUCUUAUCCAGAGCGACUUACAGUUAGUAUCUAGUGGAAAGCCUUCCCAGAAGAGUGGAGGCUGUUUUGCAGCAAGGGGGGGGACCAACUCCAUAUUAAUGCCCAUGAUUUUGGAAUGAGAUGUUCGACAAGCAGGUGUCCACAUACUUUUGGUCAUGUAGUGCAGUGGUUCCCAACCAGGGGUACUUGAGAAGACUCAUGAGACGAUCGGCCUACUGGUAAAAUGCACAUGAGGGGUACUGCGGACAAAGCAAAAUUCAGUUGGUGGUACAGUAACCGAAAAAGGUUGGGAACCACUGAUGUAGUUAGUGUAUGUGUGAUUUAUAAUCUUUUUAUUGGUAGCUGCCUGGUGUUUUGGUUUUCAUAAAAACAUUUAUUCAGUGCAUUCCUCAUCCUGAUUUGUGUGGUUGGGUCAUUCCAACCAUCCGGUGCCUUUUCAGUCCCCAGGACAUAUCACUUCUUAUUUAGUGUAUAGUAGUGUGUCUCCCGAGUGGCGCAGUGGUCUAAGGCUGCGCCAUUAGAGAUCCUGGUUCGAAUCCAUGGGGCGGCGCACAAUUGGCCCAGCGUCGUCCAGGGUAUGGGAGGGAAUGGCCGGCAGGGAUGUGUCUCAGUUGGUAGAGCAUGGCGUUUGCAACGCCAGGGUUGUGGGUUUGAGUCCAACCAGUAUGGGCCAGUAUGAAAAAAAAAAUAUAUAUUUAUAAAAUAAUAAUGUCUCACUAACUGUAACUGUAAGUCGCUCUGGAUAAGAGCGUCUGCUAAAUGACUAAAAUGUAAAUGUAUUGUAAAAUGUGGUUUCCAAAAGGCUUUAAAUAUAAGGUCAGGUGUCCUUUACCUUAACACAAACAUUUGGAUCUUGAAAGGGAAUUUUAUGCAUUUUGAACACUUUCUUUCAGUGGAUGUUGGCGUUUUUGCCAUGUCCUCUGGUAUUAUUCAUCAGCUUCCAAGAGAAAUAUAAGCCAAAAAUAUUUAUCUUAAUUCAUUAUUUUAUAUUCCUUGUCUCAUCAAUAACGUUUUUUCAUAUUAUUUAUUCUUAUUUGAUUUAAGAUUUUCUGUGUCGCAGAUAUCACUUAACACCCUGUUAGUUUGUAAUUCUCCUUUAAGAAAACAACCCUUUCCUACAAUGACACCACAUUCAGGGAGUGUCAUUUCUUUGGUGGGGAAAAAUUAAAAGGUAAAUAAACAUCCAGUUUAUCUAUUUUUUUUUAAUGUUUCAUGUUAGUUUCUCACUCAUCAAUUUCAACCCUGUUAGGCAAAAUCAAAUCAAAUAUUUGGUAUAAUUAUAGACAAAAUUAACAUUUUUGAAGUACGCUUGAUUUAAAAUCCUGUUCAAGUGUUCACCAUUAUGCUCAAUCUUGCUCACUCACAGACCUAUGGCUAAUUUAGGCUCCAAAUUUCCACCCUGUUAGGAUUGUGCACAUAACAGGUUGGGAAAUGCACUUCUUAAGUGCCUGAGCUUGACCAAUACGUUUUUCUGAAAGUCAAAUGUCCUUUCUCUGAUAGAGCGUCUGCUAAAUGACUAAAAUGUAAACGUAAAUAGAAAUUUUAUUUAUUUACUUUCCCUCCCAAAAUAUGGAGGUCCAAAAGGCACGGGACAUUACCCGGUUGACUCAAUCACUUUCACUGACAUGUGACGUGAAAGCUGCCCUGAUGCAGGCAUUCCUGCAUCUCAAUAGUGUGAAGAGGCUUCCUCCUCGGUGGUAGGAGAGAAGGUUGCUGCCCUUAGUGCUGCUGUUACUGAUCAUUAAUAAAACGAGUAAAUUUUAAAGGACCGUUGACAUUAUUCCUGUUGACAGUGGUGUUUCUAUGACAGUACAGUCUGUCUUAUGCUUUCACUGAAUACCUCUGUGUGUUUGGAGUGACUUCUGACUGGAAUCUUUACAGGGUUAAUGGCAAAGAGCCUUUUCAUUAGAGACAAAUCACCAGUGUUUCCACUGUCGGCUAAUUCGGCUGCUUACAGACUAAUUUUCAGCCGGCUACAUUUUCCGCUUCAUAUUUUGAGUGAGAGAAACUGGGAAAACAAAACCUUUUAUUUUGUGGGCUAUUUAGUUAAUUUUUAUAUUUUAAUAAAAUAAAUAAUUUGAAGAACAAACGUCAUUGUGGCAUUUCAUAUCUUGAAGUAAAACUGUAAAUAAGACUUAAAAACGCUCUAGGGUCUAAGCCAGGGGGAGGGUGGUUCUACUAAGUUUACAUUUACAUCUGCUAAAUGGCAUAUUAUUUAUAUAUUAUUUACUAAGUUUACAUUUACAUUUAAGUCAUUUAGCAGACGCUCUUAUCCAGAGCGACUUACAGUUAGUGAAUACAUUAUUAUUUUUUAUACUGGCCCCCCGUGGGAAUCGAACCCACAACCCUGGCGUUGCAAACGCCAUGCUCUAUCAACUGAGCUACAUUUUUAUUUUUAAAAAAAAAUUUUUUUUGUCAUUUAUCAGACGCUCUUAUCCAGAGCGACUUACAUGAGCAAUUAGGGUUAAGUGCCUUGCUCAAGGGCACGUCGACAGAUUUUUCUGACUCAUUUGGAUCAAGAAGGUAAUUCUGAGAGAGAUAGCAGGAGAGUUGGCUAGAGACGGCACGCUCAAGAGUUUUGGAGAGAAAAGAAAGAAGGGAUACUGGUCUGUAGUUGUUGACAUCGGAGGGAUCGAGUGUAGGUUUUUUGAGGAGGGGUGCAACUCUCGCUCUCUUGAAGACUGAAGGGACAUGGCCAGCGGUCAAGGAUGAGUUGAUGAGCGAGGUGAGGUAAGGGAGAAGGUCUCCGGAAAUGGUCUGGUCAAGCGAGGAGGGGAUAGGGUCAAGCGGGCAGGGUCAAGCGGGCAGGUUGGGGAGAAAGAAGGCUAAGCAUAGGGUAGGGCAGUGUGAGCAGGACCAGCGGUGUCAUUUGACUUAAUAAAUGUGGAUCGAAUGUCGUCAACCUUCUUUUCAAAAUGUUUGACGAAGUCAUCCACAGAGAGGGAGGGGGAGGAGGAGGAUUCAGCAGGGAGGAGAAGGUGGCAAAGAGCUUCCUAGGGUUAGAGGCAGAGGCUUGAAAUGUAGAGUGGUAGAAAGUGGCUUUAGCAGCGGAAAGAGGAAGAGAAUGUAGAGAGGAGGGAGUGAAAAGAUGACAGGUCCGCAGGGAGUCUAGUUUUCCUCCAUUUCCGCUCAGCUGCCCAGAGUCCUCUUCUUUGAGCUCGCAAUGAGUCGUCAAGCCGGCCGGGAGGAUAGGGGACAUAGAGAGUCAAAAGAUGCAGAAAGGGAGGAGAGGAGGUUUGAGGAGGCAGAAUCAGGAGAUCGGAGGGAGAAGGAUUUAGCAGAGGGAAGAGAUUAUAGGAUGGAAGAGGAGAGAGUAGCGGGAGAGAGAGAGCGAAGGUUGCGACGGCACAUUACCACCUGAGUAGGGGCAGAGUGAUAUAAAGAGCGAGAGAGAAAAGGAUACAAAGUAGUGGUCGGAGACUUGGAGGGGAGUUGCAGUGAGAUUAGUAGAAGAACAGCAUCUAGUAAAGAUGAGGUCAAGCGUAUUGCCUGCCUUGUGAGUAGGGGGGGACGGUGAGAGGGUGAGGUCAAAAGAGGAAAGGAGUGGAAAGGAGGAGGCAGAGAGAAAUGAGUCAAAGGCAGACGUAGGGAGGUUCAAGUCACCCAGAACUGUGAGGGGUGAGCCAUCCUCAGGAAAGGAACUUUAUCAAGGCGUCAAGCUCAUUGAUGAAUUCUCCAAGGGAACCUGGAGGGCGAUAAAUGACAAGGAUGUUAUGCUUGAAUGGGCUAGUGACUGUGACAGCAUGGAAUUCAAAUGAGGAGAUGGACAGAUGGGUCAGUGGAAAGAGAGAAUGUCCACUUGGGAGAGAUGAGGAUUCCUGUGCCACCGCCGCGCUGACCAGAUGCUCUCGGGGUAUAUGUCAUGGAGCAUCGCCUCUUGGAACAGAGUUUAGUGGUCCCAGAGAGGCUUGAUUAGUUUCAGGAUUCUUGUGAAGUUGAUUGGGGACGGGGUUUGCUCUACAAGCGUGUGUGCUUCCAAUUGGCUCUCCCCUGUAACUAUUCCCCAGGUCGUUGUUGGAAAUGAGAAUGUGUCAACUUACCUGGUUAAAAAAGGGUUAAAUAAAAGUGUCUCGGUUGGUGGUUGCUCUCCAAACGGCUGAGCCGCAGCCCUCAGAGGACUCUGUUACGUAAGGCUGCUGAAGUGAGGACACUACGGUACAGACACACUUGCACGGACACACACGCAUACACACACCAAUCCCUGUAACUAGUGCCAUGGGUCUUGGUAGCUGCAGUAUAAAGAGGGACUGCCUAGUCUGUUUGGCUGUCUUUUUGGGAUGCUGGCAGUUCUCACUCUCUCUCUCUCACUCACACACACCUACUUUGCUUCCAGUGCUCAGGGGAAAUACACACGGCCUCCAGUCCUCAGGCUGGGUCUGGUUGUCCUAAGAUGGUCUAACACUGACAGUCGGUCUACACAACACAACUUCAACUUCCUGUCUUUAGUUUCCCUGUAUCUCUCACUUCCGCACUCUUCCAUCUCUUCACGUCGGUUUCAUUCCUUCCUCACUCCUUUUCUCUGUCACUCUAUACUCACCAGCAUCAUUUUCUCAUUUUCUCAUUUCUCCUUCCCCCCUCCCCUUCGUCUGAGUCCUGUUCGCUUCUCUCCUUCCUUCCCUCCUCACUCUCCCCUCCCUGUCUCUUUCUCUUUCUUCCUCUCUCACUCCCUCUUCCCCCCCUCUCUCACUCCCUCUUCCCCCCUCUCCUGCCUCAGUAGCUCAGUAAUAUUAGCUGUGCAGUGAGCAGGCAGCGCAGUGUGUUCAGUUCUGGUGUGGUACAGAGAAGAGGGGAGUGGCGUGGAGAGCGAGCUCCAGAUUUUAGCACCGUUCCUUGGUUAGCCUGUCCGAGAGUCCCCCAGCCUCUGGGCCAUGUGGCUCCUUGACUGGAUCGUCUCUCUCAACACCGCCAUGGUCAAGCUGGCCACCGGCCUAAGGUGCAAGUGAGUAGCAGAUCGGACUGUGUGUGUGUGUGUGUGUGUGUGUGUGUGUGUGUAACAGAGAUUGUCUCAGCAGCCCUGGCUAUAGCCCCUGGUAACUGCUGCUCUGUUCUCAUUAAGCAAGCCUUAAUUGUCUCAUCUCUCUCUCUCUCGAUUGCUGUCCUCUCUCUACCUCAUCCAUCUCACUCUCUCCCUCAUCCCUCGCCGUCUCUCUCGCUCCCCCAUCCCUCUUUCUCGCUCUCUCCGUCUCGCGCUCCACAUCCCUCUCUCUCUGUCCCCCUAAAUAUAUAUUGUUCUCUCUCUCUGUCUCCCUAAAUAUAUCUUGUUCUCUCUCUCUAAAUAUAUCUUGUUCUCUCUCUCUCUGUCCCCCUAAAUAUAUAUUGUUCUCUCUCUCUCUGUCCCCCUAAAUAUAUAUUGUUCUCUCUCUCUCUCUGUCCCCCUAAAUAUAUCUUGUUCUCUCUCUCUGUCCCCCUAAAUAUAUCUUGUUCUCUCUCGCUCUCUCCCUAAAUAUAUAUUGUUCUCUCUCUCUCUCUGUCCCCCUAAAUAUAUAUUGUUCUCUCUCUCUCUCUGUCCCCCUAAAUAUAUCUUGUUCUCUCUCUCUGUCCCCCUAAAUAUAUCUUGUCCUCUCUUGCGCUCUCCCUAAAUAUAUAUUGUUCUCUCUCUCUCUGUCCCCCUAAAUAUACACUGCUCAAAAAAAUUAAGGGAACACUUAAACAACACAAUGUAACUCCAAGUCAAUCACACUUCUGUGAAAUCAAACUGUCCACUUAGGAAGCAACACUGAUUGACAAUAAAUGUCACAUGCUGUUGUGCAAAUGGAAUACACAACAGGUGGAAAUUAUAGGCAAUUAGCAAGACACCCCCAAUAAAGGAAUGGUUCUGCAGGUGGUGACCACAGACCACUUCUCAGUUCCUAUGCUUCCUGGCUGAUGUUUUGGUCACUUUUGAAUGCUGGCGGUGCUUUCACUCUAGUGGUAGUAUGAGACGGAGUCUACAACCCACACAAGUGGCUCAGGUAGUGCAGCUCAUCCAGGAUGGCACAUCAAUGCGAGCUGUGGCAAGGUUUGCUGUGUCUGUCAGCGUAGUGUCCAGAGCAUGGAGGCGCUACCAGGAGACAGGCCAGUACAUCAGGAGACGUGGAGGAGGCCAUAGGAGGGCAACAACCCAGCAGCAGGGCCGCUACCUCCGCCUUUGUGCAAGGAGGAGCAGGAGGAGCACUGCCAGAGCCCUGCAAAAUGACCUCCAGCAGGCCACAAAUGUGCAUGUGUCUGCUCAAACGGUCAGAAACAGACUCCAUGAGGGUGGUAUGAGGGCCCGACGUCCACAGGUGGGGGUUGUGCUUACAGCCCAACACCGUGUAGGACGUUUGGCAUUUGCCAGAGAACACCAAGAUUGGCAAAUUCGCCACUGGCGCCCUGUGCUCUUCACAGAUGAAAGCAGGUUCACACUGAGCACAUGUGACAGACGUGACAGAGUCUGGAGACGCCGUGGAGAACGUUCUGCUGCCUGCAACAUCCUCCAGCAUGACCGAUUUGGCGGUGGGUCAGUCAUGGUGUGGGGUGGCAUUUCUUUGGGGGGCCGCACAGCCCUCCAUGUGCUCGCCAGAGGUAGCCUGACUGCCAUUAGGUACCGAGAUGAGAUCCUCAGACCCCUUGUGAGACCAUAUGCUGGUGCGGUUGGCCCUGGGUUCCUCCUAAUGCAAGACAAUGCUAGACCUCAUGUGGCUGGAGUGUGUCAGCAGUUCCUGCAAGAGGAAGGCAUUGAUGCUAUGGAAUGGCCCGCCCGUUCCCCAGACCUGAAUCCAAUUGAGCAUAUCUGGGACAUCAUGUCUCGCUCCAUCCACCAACGCCACGUUGCACCACAGACUGUCCAGGAGUUGGCGGAUGCUUUAGUCAAGGUCUGGGAGGAGAUCCCUCAGGAGACCAUCCGCCACCUCAUCAGGAGCAUGCCCAGGCAUUGUAGGGAGGUCAUACAGGCACGUGGAGGCCACACACACUACUGUGCCUCAUUUUGACUUGUUUUGACGGACAUUACAUCAAAGUUGGAUCAGCCUGUAGUGUGGUUUUCCACUUUAAUUUUGAGGGUGACUCCAAAUCCAGACCUCCAUGGAUUGAUAAAUUUGAUUUCCAUUGAUAAUUUUUGUGUGAUUUUGUUGUCAGCACAUUCAACUAUGUAAAGAAAAAAGUAUUUAAUAAGAUUAUUUCAUUCAUUCAGAUCUAGGAUGUGUUGUUUAAGUGUUCCCUUUAUUUUUUUGAGCAGUGUAUAUUGUUCUCUCUCUCCUCUCUUGUUCCCUCUCUUUCCCCUCAAAAAUCUAGGGCCCGGCUCUGACUCCAUCCGUGUUAGGCCUAAUUUUGGCGCUCUUUUUUUUAGAUUUAAUCUUAGUCAUUUUGACAAAAAUAUAAUUAAGUCUUAGUCACAUUUGUCAUUUAAAUAAUGAUUUAGUCUAGUUAUUGUCAAAAUGACAGUGGGCCAUUUUAGUCAACUAAAUGUUAUUUCAAUUUAGUCACAUUUUAGUCAUCACAUUUCAAUUGCCUCACUAACCUUCAGUGCCUUCAGAAAGUAUUCAUACCCCUUGACUUAUUCCACAUUUUGUUACAGCCUAAAUUCAAAAUUGAUUACAUUUUCUCACCCAUCCACACAAAAUACCCCAUAAUGACAAAGUGAAAACAUGUUUGCAAAUGUAUUGAAACUAAAAUACAGAUCUCAUUUACACUGAACAAAAAUAUAAACGCAACAUGUAAACUGUUGGUCCCAUGUUUCAUGAGCUGAAAUAAUGAACGAUCCCAGAAAUGUUUCAUACGCACAAAAAGCAUAUUUCUCUCCACUUUUUUGCACAAAUUUGUUUACAUCCCGGUUAUUGAGCAUUUCUCCUUUGCCAAGAUAAUCCUUCCACCUGACAGUUGUGGCAUAUCAAGAAGCUGAUUAAACAGCAUGAUCAUUACACAGGUGCACCUUGUGCUGUGGACAAUAAAAAGCCACUCUAAAAUGUGCAGGUUUGUCACACAACACAAUGCCACGGAUGUCUCAAGUUUUGAGGGAGCGUGCAAUUGGCAUGCUGACUGCAGGAUGUCCACCAGAGCUGUUGCCAGAUAAUUGAAUGUUUAUUUCUCUACCAUAAGCCGCCUCCAACGUCAUUUUAGAGUAUUUGGCAGUACGUCCAACCGGCCUCAACUGCAGACCAUGUGUAUGGUGUCGGGUGGGCGAGCAGUUUGCUGAUGUCAACAUUGUGAACAGAGUGCCCAAUGAUUGCAGUGGGGUUAUGGUAUGGGCAGGUAGAAGCUACAGACAAUGAACACAAUUGCAUUUUAUCUAUGGCAAUUUGAAUGCACAGAGAUACCGUGACGAGAUCCUGAGGCCCAUUGUCGUGCCAUUCAUCCGCCGCCAUCACCUCAUGUUUCAGCAUGAUAAUGCACGGCAAUGUAGCAAGGAUCUGUACACAAUUCCUGGAAGCUGAAAAUGUCCCAGUUCUUCUAUGGCCUGCAUACUCACCAGACAUGUCACGCAUUGAGCAUGUUUGGGAUGCUCUGGAGCGAUGUGUAUUACAGCGUGUUCCAGUUCCUGCCAAUAUACAGCAACUUCGCACUGCCAUUGAAGAGCGGGACAACAUUCCACAGGCCAUGGUGGUCACACCAAAUAUGGACUGGUUUUCUGAUCCACGCCCCUACCUUUUUUAAGGUACCUGUGACCAACAGAUGCAUAUCUGUAUUCAGUCAUGUGAAAUCCAUAUAUUAGGGCCUAAUGAAUUUAUUUCAAUUGACAGAUUUCCUUUUAUUUGAACCAACUCAGUAAAGUCGUUGAAAUUGUUGCGUUUACAUUUUUGUUCAGUAUACAUAAGUAUUCACAAUGUUUAAAAAAAAAAAAAGGCUUCCUUUUCACUCUGUCUUUUAGGUUAGUAUUGUGGAGUAAGUACAAUGUUGUUGAGCCAUCCUCAGUUUUCUAUCACAGCCAUUAAACUCUGUAACUGUUUUAAAGUCACCAUUGGCCUCAUGGUGAAAUCCCUGAGUGGUUUCCUUCCUCUCCGGCAACUGAGUUAGGAAGGAUGCUUGUGUCUUUGUAGUAAAUAACUGGGUUUAUUGAUAAUAACUUCACCUCAAAGAGAUAUUCAAUGUCUGCUUUGUAUUUUUACCAAUAGGUGCUUUUCUUUGUUGAAUCUGUUUGAAAUUCACUGCUCGACUCAAGGACCUUACAGAUAAUUGUAUUUUUGUGGUACAGAGAUUAAGUAGUCAUUAAAAAAUCCUGUUAACCAUUAUUAUUGCACACAGAGUGUGCAACUUAUGUGACUUUUUAAGCACAUUUUUACUCCUGAACUUAUUUAGGCUUACCAUAACAGAGGGGUUGAAUACUUCACUCAAGACAUUUCAGCUUUUCAUUUUUAAUUAAAUUGUAUUGUGUGUAGGCCAGUGUCAAAAAUCUACAUUUAAUCCAUUUUAAAUUCGGGCUGUUAUGGUGACCGUAUUACCGCCUCACCAGCAGUCACGAGUCAUCCAGGCUCUGUCGUAGCCGGCCGCGACCGGGAGACCCAUGGGGCGGCGCACAAUUGGCCCAGCGUUGUCCAGGGUAGGGGAGGGAAUGGCCGGCAGGGAUGUAGCUCAGUUGGUAGAGCAUGGCGUUUGCAAUGCCAGGGUUGUGGGUUCGAUUCCCACGGGGGGCCAGUAUAAAAAAUAAAAUAAAAUAAAACAUGUAUGCACUCACUAACUGUAAGUCGCUCUGGAUAAGAGCGUCUGCUAAAUGACUAAAAUGUAAAUGUAAAUGACCGCAGUCAAAUUACAGUAACUAGUCUUCUCCAAGCUCUGAUGCUGCUGAUGGUCAUUAGUAGCCUACCAAACUUGCUAACUGCCUGGUACUCCGCACUCUAUUGUCCCUCUAAUCACUCGGACAUCAUUGCAAGUGUGUUAAAAAAAUCUAAUCAAACACUUCAUGAGAGCCCAUGCGCUGAUGUUGCACUCAUUUCUAUAGGCUAUGCAAUUGGGUGAGAAAAUAGUUUUGAUGGCCUGUAAUAAAAAAAGGAUCCCAUCCGCUUUCUAUAGGCUAGGCCUACUAUAUUUAUUUCUCAACUUUCCUAAUAUUAAGCACAUUGCUUAUAUUUACAACAGGAGUAUAUCCUACCUGGCUGGCAUGAAAAGGAACCACGGGAAAAGCAUCCUCCAUUCGCUUUUUUUUUUUCCCCUUUCAAGACAGGUGCAUGAUAAUGGUCCAUUCUAAAUCAAACUAAUGUCACACAUAUUUAGUAUAUGUAAAGACAAGAUUAAGUUAAGAAUAGUAUGAUGUGUGACAAUAUUAGACUAUCACUUGUGAAUGAUGCCCAGCGUGUGCAGUAAGGCAAGAAACAGCACAGGCCUUUUUUUGUUGACUUUCUCAAAUCAUAGUCGCACACCUCGUGUAGCCUAGCCCAACUAAAGUGGCCAAUGAACUUCAUAAAAUGAAGCACAUUAAUCCGCUUUACAAGGGGUGUAGAGCCUAACUGGUAUACAUAGGCGGCGCGUGAGUUUCAAGUUUGGGAAAUAUUAUUUUCACCAUAAAAAUGCACCUUUUAAUAAUAAAGCAUUACACGCAUAAUCACAUUUGCGGUCACUUUUGAGAACUGUGUUUUCCCGAGAAUUGAUUGCAUUUUGGAACGUUUGCGCUUAGAGCCUACUGCCGUGUUGCGCAUGGCUGCGCUUCAAAUGUGAAGAAAUAGCCGAAUAGUUUAUCAACAUUUUAAGCUAUCUGUUGCAUCAGCCUGAUUAGCUUUUAAAAUGUUUUUUUUUUUUUUUUAUGUGAGUGGUUGUAUUCAUUUGGGAUCGAUCGCAUCCCACAACUGUCCCACAGUAUGUUUGGAAUAUUUAUUGCACAAAAGACACGUUGACCAAUAGAAUAGGAAAAUGGUUUGGGGAUUGACAGGCUAGUGCUGUUGCUGUUCGUUAGGCCUACUCAUCUUGUUGGCUGACAAAGUAAAUGUGGACAGUUCUACCAUCUUCAAUAUGGAAUUCGAUAAGGACGCGUGCAAUUGCGUCCCAAGUGUGUCUGUCUUCGCUUGUAACUGAGAUGCCUGUGAGAAGGACCCGUUCACGUGACAGGCAUUUGUUAAUAAGAAUUUAGAUAUCUGAGAGAGCCAUGUGAGUGAGAGGUGCUUCGGAGCGUGGCGAUUGGCAGCUGGGAGAAGGGAAUUAUUAUAUUCAGUCCAAGGGCACAACGGUCACUUUGGCCGCAAAAGGCAUGGAUUUUUUUUAGGGGCCAUUAUGGCCACACAAGGGUGAUGCCGCUGGGAAAUCCGAGGCCUAGUGAGAAUAUUGUCAAGUGCUUUUCAAAUUGUGAACGUGCAGCCUGCACAAGAAACAAAGCAGAGCUCAUGCCUUUCAUGCAACUUUUUUCAAAUCAUCAUUAGUCGCAUCAUGCAGCCUUAAUGUAUUAAAAAUCUAAACAUACAGUGGGGGAAAAAAGUAUUUAGUCAGCCACCAAUUGUGCAAGUUCUCCCACUUAAAAAGAUGAGAGGCCUGUAAUUUUCAUCAUAGGUACACGUCAACUAUGACAGACAAAAUGAGAGAAAAAAUUCCAGAAAAUCACAUUGUAGGAUUUUUAAUGAAUUUAUUUGCAAACUAUGUGGAAAAUAAGUAUUUGGUCAAUAACAAAAGAUUCUCAAUACUUUGUUAUAUACCCUUUGUUGGCAAUGACACAGGUCAAACGUUUUCUGUAAGUCUUCACAAGGUUUUCACACACAGUUGCUGGUAUUUUGGCCCAUUCCUCCAUGCAGAUCUCCUCUAGAGCAGUGAUGUUUUGGGGCUGUCGCUGGGCAACACGGACUUUCAACUCCCUCCAAAGAUUUUCUAUGGGGUUGAGAUCUGGAGACUGGCUAGGCCACUCCAGGACCUUGAAAUGCUUCUUACGAAGCCACUCCUUCGUUGCCCGGGCGGUGUGUUUGGGAUCAUUGUCAUGCUGAAAGACCCAGCCACGAUUCAUCUUCAAUGCCCUUGCUGAUGGAAGGAGGUUUUCACUCAAAAUCUCACGAUACAUGGCCCCAUUCAUUCUUUCCUUUACACGGAUCAGUCGUCCUGGUCCCUUUGCAGAAAAACAGCCCCAAAGCAUGAUGUUUCCACCUCCAUGCUUCACAGUAGGUAUGGUGUUCUUUGGAUGCAACUCAGCAUUCUUUGUCUUCCAAACACGACGAGUUUAGUUUUUACCAAAAAGUUAUAUUUUGGUUUCAUCUGACCAUAUGACAUUCUCCCAAUCCUCUUCUGGAUCAUCCAAAUGCACUCUAGCAAACUUCAGACGGGCCUGGACAUGUACUGGCUUAAGCAGGGGGACACGUCUGGCACUGCAGGAUUUGAGUCCCUGGCGGCGUAGUGUGUUACUGAUGGUAGGCUUUGUUACUUUGGUCCCAGCUCUCUGCAGGUCAUUCACUAGGUCCCCCCGUGUGGUUCUGGGAUUUUUGCUCACCGUUCUUGUGAUCAUUUUGACCCCACGGGGUGAGAUCUUGUGUGGAGCCCCAGAUCGAGGGAGAUUAUCAGUGGUCUUGUAUGUCUUCCAUUUCCUAAUAAUUGCUCCCACAGUUGAUUUCUUCAAACCAAGCUGCUUACCUAUUGCAGAUUCAGUCUUCCCAGCCUGGUGCAGGUCUACAAUUUUGUUUCUGGUGUCCUUUGACAGCUCUUUGGUCUUGGCCAUAGUGGAGUUUGGAGUGUGACUGUUUGAGGUUGUGGACAGGUGUCUUUUUAUACUGAUAAGUUCAAACAGGUUCAAACAUUAAUACAGGUAACGAGUGGAGGACAGUGGAGCCUCUUAAAGAAGAAGUUACAGGUCUGUGAGAGCCAGAAAUCUUGCUUGUUUGUAGGUGACCAAAUACUUAUUUUCCACCAUAAUUUGCAAAUAAAUUCAAAAAAAAUCCUACAAUGUGAUUUUCUGGAUUUUUUUCGCUCAAUUUGUCUGUCAUAGUUGACGUGUACCUAUGAUGAAAAUUACAGGCCUCUCUCAUCUUUUUAAGUGGGAGAACUUGCACAAUUGGUGGCUGACUAAAUACUUUUUUUCCCCCACUGUAUAGCCCAACGUUUGGGUUACAACUAAAGUUGCAUAAAUAACUCUAAAUUAAGCAUAUAGGAGGACCUGUUUCUUCGUUAACUGUUCAACACAGAAUAGCCGCAUGUGCGCACUCCCUCGGAAAUCGUUUGGCGAUGAUAUCUGACACAGUGAAAAAUAUCUGGUUCUGCCCUUCAGCAAGGCAGUUAACCCCCCCCCCCCCCCCCCACACACAACAACAGCCAAUGUGGGAAGACCAGUGGCAGCCCCCCACACCUCUCCGAUUCAGAGGGGUUUGUCCAAAAGCGUAUGUCAAGUUUCUGUUGGACCUUGUGUGCAACUGACGAUAAAAAUAAUUGUGCCUUAUUUGCAUAAAUAAUUGUUUUGCCACCAGAUUGGAGAACGGUUGCCGGGCAGAGGUGACUCAUGAAAGACCUGGGCAUGGUAUUUAUUUUCCACCGAUCACAGCAUUGCAACAUUGCAGUGAGAAAGCCAUACAAUUCUGCUAAAGUCAUGAAUGCUUUUGAUUGGACCAAACAAAUAACACUGAAAAGCUCCCAAUCUCUCCAACUAUUGUCCAGUCCACUUAUUAGUCAGAUUUUAGUCACACAGAUAAUUUCGUCUCGUUUUAAUCAACCGAAAUGAAAAAUAAUUUUAGUUUAGUUAUAGUUUUUUUCUGGGUCUAUUUAGUCUGUUCUUCAUAUGUGGGUACGCAGCCACUGUGGCCCCUCAUGAUUUCAGAUUUUUUGUGGCCCCCACCCCCAUCAAAGUUGCCCAUCCCUGCUCUAGUCUUUUCCCUGCCUCCCAAUGCUGACCAUUGUCCCACAGAUUUAGAAAGGGAAGACCAGUCAGUUCCAGUUGUGUUAUCCAGGGCAUUGGACUGUGUUACUGCAGUGUUUCUCUAACACACUGGAAUUCUCUGCUCCAUUUUCCUCCUCUCUCUGUCUCUCAAUCUCCCCCCCCCCCCCUCUCCCCUCAACCCCUCUCUCUCCCCCCUCUCUCUUCCUCUCUUCCCCUCUCUCUCCCCCCUCUCUCUUCCUAUCUUCCCUUUCUCUCUGCGCCUCUUUCUCCAUCAUUCUGACAUGGUCUCUUUCCCCCCUCACUUUGUCUCUCUCUCUCUCUCUGUCUCUCUGUCUCUCUCUCUCUCUCUCUCUCUCUCUCUCUCUCUCCUCACUCAUCCCUCUCUCUCCUCUCUCAUCUCUCUCCCCCUCUCUGCUCUCCCCUCUGCCCCCCUCUCUGUCCCCUCCCCCUCGCUGCUCCCCCUUCUCUGUCCCCCUCCUCUCUCUGUCUCUCACUCUCUCUCUCUCUGUGUGUGCAUAGCUACUCCUGCUCAUUAUAUAACCCAUUUCUUUCUGCAGUGUGUGUGUGUUGGACUGCAGGGAGCGAGCUAGUCUAACCAAGCCCCAAGCAGUGAGAGGGAGUUUGUUAGGACAUGAGGAGAAUGGAUGUUAGGGGGCGGGUAAGGAGCACUGCAGACUGUGUGUGUGCUCAGAUAGAAGGCUACAGAACUACUGUUGUAAGACUGACUGGCUGUCUCGCUGACUGACUGACUGACUGACUGACUGGCUGUCUCGCUGACUGACUGACUGACUGACUGACUGGCUGUCUCGCUGACUGACUGACUGACUGGCUGUCUCGCUGACUGACUGGCUGUCUCGCUGACUGACUGACUGACUGGCUGUCUCGCUGACUGACUGACUGACUGACUGACUGGCUGUCUCGCUGACUGACUGACUGACUGGCUGUCUCGCUGACUGACUGACUGACUGGCUGUCUCGCUGACUGACUGACUGACUGGCUGUCUCGCUGACUGACUGACUGACUGGCUGUCUCGCUGACUGACUGACUGACUGGCUGUCUCGCUGACUGACUGGCUGUCUCGCUGACUGACUGACUGACUGGCUGUCUCGCUGACUGACUGACUGGCUGUCUCGCUGGCUGGCUGACUGGCUGUCUCGCUGGCUGUCUCGCUGGCUGACUGACUGACUGGCUGGCUGUCUUGCUGGCGGUCUCGCUGGCUGUCUCGCUGGCUGUCUCGCUGGCGGUCUCGCUGACUGGCUGGCUGGCGGUCGGUGAGUGUACCAGGCAGGCGUUAAAAACAAGAAAAGUCCUCCUCUUAGUCUAGCUGGUGAGUCACAUUCUCGUGUUUGUUUUCUCUGCCAGAAGUUAAGAUCAUUCAGUCAGAAUCCUCAGAACUUUGCAUUUAGAAUUUCUUCUGAGGUGUUGUAGCUCUUCUCAGGGUUCACGCAGCACAGGGAGAUCUAGACGUCAUGUUUGUUGACCUGACAAAUUGUUUAAUGCGAAAUGUUAGCAUAUCUCAGGUGGUGUAACUUCGAAUGGCAGCCAGGUAGCGGAGCCAACACAUCCAGCUCCAGCUAUUGCCCUGCUCUGCUGUUUCUCUGUGCUGUCUGGGCAUUGCAAGACUUUGGUAGAAUACCAGCGUUGAAUGUUAGCAUAUCUCCAGUGGUUUGAAUGGCUGGUAGCUAGCCUAGCACUAACGCAUCAAGCUCCAGCUAUUAUCCUGCUCUGCUGUGUCUCUGUGCUGUUUGUCUAGGCAUUGAGUUCAGCUGUGGAGGCAUUGAUUACUCUGGGGGGGGGGGGGCUUCACAAUCACUAUUUUUUGUUGUACUUUUCCCCCCUUUUCCCCCAAAUUUCAUGAUAUCCAAUUGGUAGUUAGUCUUGUCCCAUCGCUGCAACUCCCAUGCGGACUCGGGAGAGGCGAAACACGACCCCGCCAAGCCGCACUGCUUCUUGACACACUGCUCGCUUAACCCGGAAGCCAGCCCCACCAAUGUGUCGGAGGAAACGGCGUACAGCUGGCGACCGAAGCCAGCAUGCAUGCGCCUGACCCACCACGUGGAGUCGCUAGAGCGCGACUGGACAAGGACAUCCCAGCUGGCCAAACCCUCCCCUAACCCGGAAGACGCUGCAACGCCUCAUGGGUCUUCCGGUCGCGGCCGGCUGCGACACAGCCUGGGAUCGAACCAGGAUCUGUAGUGACUCCUCUAGCACUGAUCAGUGCCUUAGACCGCUGCGCCACUCGGGAGACCCUUCACAAUCACUUUUAACCACUUAACAAGCCUGGAGGGAACAUUGUCUAUAUGCACACCCUUUGCCUUGAUGACAGCUUUGCACACUCUUGGCAUUCUCUCAACCAGCUUCGUGGAAUUUUAAGUCCAUAUUAUGGCAAGAACAGCUCAAAUAAGCAAAGAGAAACGACAGUCCAUCAUUACUUUAAGACAUGAACAUUUCAAGAACUUUGAAAGUUUCUUCAAGUGUGGUUGUAAAAACCAAGCGCUAUGAUGAAACUGGCGCUCAUGAGGACCGCCACAGGAUAAGUUCAUUAGAGUUACCAGCCUCAGAAAUUGCAGCUCAAAUAAAUGCUUCACAGAGUUCAAGUAACAGACACAUCUCAAUAUCAACUGUUCAGUAGAAACUGUGUGAAUCAGGCCUUCAUGGUCGAAUUGCUGCAAAGAAACCACUACUAAAGGACACCAAUAAGAAGAAGAGACUUGCAUGGCCAAGAAGCACGAGCAAUGGACAUUAGACCGGUGGAGAUGUGUCCUUUGGUCUAGAGUCCAACUUGGAGAUUGUUGGUUCCAACCGCCGUGUCUUGUGAGACGUGGUGUGGGCGAACGGAUGAUCUCUGCAUGUGUAUUUCCCAACGUAAAGCAUGGAGGUGGAGGUGUUAUGGUGUGGGGGUGCUUUGCUGGUGACACUGUCAGAUUUAUUUAGAAUUCAAGGCACACUUAACCAGCAUGGCUACCACAGAAUUCUGCAGCUUUACGCCAUCCCAUCUGGUUUGGGCUUAGUGGGACUACCAUUUGUUUUUCAACAGGACAAUGACCCAACACACCUCCAGGUUGUGUAAGGGCUAUUUUACCGAGAAGGAGAGUGAUGGAGUGCUGUAUUAGAUAACCUGGCCUCCACAAUCCCCCGACCUCAUCCAAAUUUAGAUGGUUUGGUAUGAGUCGGACCGCAAAGUGAAGGAAAAGCAGCCAACAAGUGCUCAGCAUAUGUGGGAACUCCUUCAAGACUGUUGGAAAAGCAUUCCUCAUGAAGCUGGUUGAGAGAAUGUCAAGAGUGAGCAAAGCUGUCAUCAAGACAAAGGGUGGCUACUUUGAAGAAUCUCAAAUAUAAUAUAUAUUUUGAUUUUUUUAACACUUUUUUUGGUUACUACUUGAUUCCAUAUGUGUAAUUUCAUAGUUUUGAUGUGUUCACUAUUGAUGUCUUCACUAUUAUUCUACAAUACUCUUCCUAGAGCUGGCCGCCCAGCCAAACUGAGAAAUCGGGGGAGAAGGGCCUUGGUCAGGGAGGUGACCAAGAACCCAAUGGUCACUCUGACAGAGUUCCAGAGUUCCUCUGUGGAGAUGGGAGAACUUUCCAGAAGGACAACCGUCUCUGCAGCACUCCACCAAUCAGGCCUUUUAUGGUAGUGGCCAGACGGAAGCCACUCCUCAGUAAAAGGCACAUGACAGCCUGCUUGGAGUUUGCCAAAAGGCACCUAAAGGACUCUGACCAUGAGAAACAGGAUUCUCUGGUCUGAUGAAACCAAGAUCAAACUCUUUGGCCUUAAUGCCAAGCGUCACGUCUGGAGGAAACUUAGCACCAUCCCUACUGUGAAGCAUGGUGUUUUCAGCAGCAGGGACUGGGAGACUAGUCAAGAUCGAGGGAAAGAUGAACGGAGCAAAGUACAGAGAGAUCCUUGAUGAAAACCUGCUCCAGAGCGCUCAGGACCUCAUACUGCGGUCAAAGGUUCACCUUCCAACAGGACAACGUCCCUAAGCACACAGCCAAGACAACGCAGGAGUGGCUUCGGGACAAGUCUCAAUGGCCUUGAUUGGCCCAGCCAGAGCCUGGACUUGAACCAGAUCAAAGAUCUCUGGAGAGACCUGAAAAUAGCUGUGCAGUUUCGCUCCCCAUCCAACCUGACAGAGCUUGAGAGGAUCUGCAGAGAAGAAUGAGAGUAACUCCCCAAAUACAGGUGUGCCAGGCUUGUAGCGUUAUACCAAAGAAGACUCAAGGCUGUAAUCGCUUACGGCUGUAAGUACUGAGUAAAUGGUCUGAAUACUUCUGUAAAUGUGAUAUUUCCGUUUUUUUAUUUUGAAUAAAUUGGCAACAUUUUCUAACAACCUGUUUUUGCUUUGUCGUUAUGGGUUAUUGUGUGUGUAUUUAGGGGGAAAAACAAUUUAAUCCAUUUUACAUUUUAGUCAUUUAGCAGACGCUCUUAUCCAGAGCGACUUACAGUUAGUGAGUGCAUACAUUUUUCAUACUGGCCCCCUGUGGGAAUCGAACCCACAACCCUGGCGUUGCAAGCGGCAUGCUCUACCAACUGAGCUACAGGAUGCCCUGUACAUUUUAGAGUAAGGCUGUAACGUAACAAAAUGUGGAAAAAGUCAAGGGGUCUGAAUACUUUCGAAUGCACUGUAUAAGCAACCCAUGCUAGUUGUUGCAUAUUAGAUCUGCCCUCUUACUAAAUUUCUAACUGAUAUUUUCAUGUAACAUAAAUCAAAUUUUAUUUGUCACAUACACGUGUUUUAGCAGAUGUUAUAGCGGGUGUAGCGAAAUGCUUGUGCUUCUAGAACUGCUUGCAUGUGCAGUGCGUUUAUGACAAUGGGUUUCCCCGCUAAUUGCAUUAUGGAACGAACAUUCGCGCGUAGCGUACUGCCUUGUGCAAAAAUGUCACAAUGUCGUCAUAAUAUAUGCACAAACUCUACCAAACUGUUUCGGCUGGGAAGCAUGCGGAUGCCUUUAGGGGGUAAGUGUUCGGUUUGAGAUUCAGCCUAUGGCUGAGGUAGAUAGAAUUUCAUUGCCCCCUAGCGGACAUAUACAAUAGGACCAUAUUCUGCAUUGUCAAUUCACGUGGAAUUCUAUCCGUUUUUCUUAACGUUUUUUUUUUUUUACAGAAAUCCGAUUUUAAACAUUAAGAAAACGUUUCCAUUUGUCACAUCCCUACUGAGUAUUAUAUGAAUUCACUCACAGUACGAUGAUAGCGGAAGGUUAAGGCAGUCAGAUAAAGACUGACUGAAAGAGGAGUGUACGCCGAGAGAGAGAAGGGGAGAGCGAUUGAAUAGAGACAGAGAUGGUGAUAAUGUGUUAAAAAAAGAGAAGAGGGACUGGGUGGAAUGAGAGAGGGAUGUUUUGGUCUGAGGAGGAGGAAGUGAGAGCGUUCUUCACCUGCAAUGCAAUGCGGGGCUGAGUAAACCAAUCAGAGCUUUGCAGAGAGGAGAGGGGGUGGGGCCAGGCCACUGACUACAGCGAAGGAGAGUUCUCGUCAGAGCGGGAGAGAGUGAAUGAGCGAGAGGGAGGGAGGGAGGGAGAGAGAAGCGGCGUCAAACUCCUCUGCUUUGCCUGAGCCUGUGGCGACACUGAUUCUCACAGAUUUCUCUUCUCUCAUCCUUCUCUCUUCUCUCACCCUUCUCUCAUCCUCCUCUCCUCUCUGCAUUGCUCCCUUCUCUUCCUUUCCCAUUGCUGUGCUCUUCUCUUCCUUUCCCAUUGCUGUGCUCUUCUCUUCCACUCUUUCCCUGUACUUCCCCCCUCUUUUUUCUGAACUACUACCGUCUGCUCUCUUCUUCCUCUCCUCUUUACACUCACCCCCCUCUUUCUCUCCUCAUUCCCAUUUACAUUUACAGUCAUUUAGCUGACGCUCUUAUCCAGAGCGACUUACAGUUAGUGAGUGCAUACACUUUUGGUACGUGGAGAGAGGGUCUCUGGCCCCCACCUGCACCCCUCCUCUCUCUCUCUCUCCACCUCCCUCCAUGGGCAUCCGCGCAUCCUGCAUGUAAGCAGGAGAGUGUGUGUCGGGGUCUCUGCACUUGCAUGUCCUUGAAGUACCCCUGCUGUGAGUGUGUGUGUGAGCUGUAACAGCUGGACUCUGUCCUCUCCGGUUUGAGGACGCAGAAGAGACAGUUCAGGGAUUUAGGGAGAGGAGAGUCUGUCUGCAAACACUGUAUGUCUCUCUGGUGCUCUAGCUCAGUGUUUUCUAAUUCCGGUCCUCCAGUACCCCUCAACAGUACACACGUUUGCUGUAACCCCGGACAAGCACACCUGAUUCAACUUUAUUAUCACACCCUUGAUGAGUUGAAUGAGGUGUGUUUGUCUGGGGCUACAAUAAAAAAAAGUGUACUGUUGGGAGCAGUGGCGGCUCCUGAAAAAAUUCUCAGGAGGGGCAAUUUUUCUGAUGAUUUAGGUGACCUACACACAUUUUUAAAAAGAUAUGUCCAGCAACAACAUGAAGACAGGGGCAGCAUAUAAGUCAAUACCAGAAGCAUUUAUUGACUGAUCUCAAAAGUGUUGGCUUACAAAAGCAAAAUAAGUUAUCACAGUAAAAAUAAUCAAGGGUGUUCUUUCACAUUCCUCAACACUGCAUAAACAAUAUGUAUGGCUUUGUAAAAAUGAACAACCAUAUUCUGGCCAAUUGUAUAGAUUUGUAAAUAUGAACAACCAUAUUCUGGCCAAUUGUAUAGAUUUGUAAAAAUGAACAUGAACAGAUUUUUUAUUUUUUUGAAUGGCAGUACCUUUCAAACAUGUCUGCUUGCAGUAAGGUAGCACUCACAAGGUGGCCAGAGAAAGAGAACCUUUCUUUGGUGUGAUCCAGGAUGGUGUUGCAGACCUCUUCAGACAUCCUCUGCUUCUCCUCUUCUCUCAAAGCUGUUCUGGGUCUUUUGGCUCCUGUUGCUUCUUGCAGCUGCUGUUGAGAGGAGUCCCUGAAGGCAAACAGACCAAUGUGUUUGUUGGCUUUGUACAGUAUUGUUGUCUAUGUGAUGCACAGGUAUAUGCAAUGUAUCCAUGUAUAGUACAAAUACUUCAGUUCCACUUAAAAUGGGCAGGGAUGCAUAAAGUCUUUAGUGUUUAAGUUAGCCUUUGUGUCUCACAUAGCCUGGAUGUUCAGCACAGUAUACAGUGGUGCUCAUAAGCUUAUGAUCCCAUGCUAAAGUUGACUAAAAAGAGGAAUAAAAAAGAAAAGAAAAUUGGUGUCCUUAAAGGUUGGAUUUUCCAACUUUUUUAAUUAAGUCAUUAAGAUCAAUUUCCAAAAGAUGAUUUUUUUAUUUUUUUAUUCCUCUUUUUAGUCAGCUUUAGAAUGUGUUCAUACACUUAUGAGCACCACUGUACAGUACACAUAGUAUAUAAAAUAAGAUAGAUUACACCACUGGCCAUAUAUAAUGACAAUAAUGUAAUUUCAAACACAAAUGCAGUCUCCUUUCAUGCAUACAUUUUCAAAUAAAGCUCUGCUUUGAGAAAGAUCGAAUGAUAUUGUUUAAUCUUUAUCUUACCUUAUGGCCUGCACACUGCUUGCGAAGCUGUCGAGGGCACGUUUGAUAAAGACAGCAUCGAUGUCCUUAUUCUGUAGCUUCUGGUACGGUGGGCUGGUCAAAUGAACCCAAUGAACCCGUCCGGAUGGCUUCAAAACAUUCUAUGAGGUCGUCUCGAUUCUCGUAGACAGUGUUCACGACUCUGCUGUUGCUAACCUCAUCGUUGUGGCGGCGGACAGCUAGCCUGUAUCCCUCAUCCAGUUGAGUGGCAAUAUUCACUCUCACCAAAGCAGACAAUCUCAAACAGCUAUCAAUGUGGGUCUUUGACAGCUCAUUUUACUUAAUCUUUUCUGAAAGAUGGUGCAUGUCGGUUACACCAGUCGCUGUCCAAGCGUUGCUGUCUGCCGUUCAUGGUUACGUUACGUUACGUAUGACGAAAGCGCGUAAGUGCAAGCCCUCAGACACCCAUAGAGAAUGUAUUGAAAGCUCAGAAAUUUGAAAAAAAAAUUUUUUACAUUAGAGGCUAUGAGAGACUUCUGGGCGAUUUUCAACCUGACUGAAAUCGCCCCAAAACGGGCGGGGACAUUUGAAGCACGACUUUAGCCUGAUUGGACAUUUAGUGGCUGGCAGAUCAGACGUGAACACUGAACUACUGUUGCCAUGAUAUAAUUGAUUAGAAAAAAAAUCCCUUCCUUUUCCCGUUUGGCAGUGCGUCGCCCAUAUCGCCCUAUUGAACACACCGCCCAUGGUUGGGAGUACUGUAGGACUGGAGUGGGGAACCACUUCUCUAGCCUAACUGAGAAUGUAAUGGUGCUCAGGGGAGGUUUGUGGCUCUGGUCAAGGUGGUCAAGGUUAGACAGGCAAAGUCGUAAUGGGCGAAACGGGACAAUAAUGGAAAGAGGUGUGUGUUUGCAUGAAUUGUGUGUGUGUGUGUUGGGUAAAAAUGCAACAGCGUUGCAGGUGUGACGGUUGCUCAUCAAUGGAGAUGGGGAAAAUGGCUAUGACAUUUUGUCUACACCUCCUUCCCUUUCAUGAUUGUCUGGCUCUCUCUCUCUCUCUCCCUCUCUCCUUGAUCUCGCUGAUUAUAUCCCUUUCCCCUUUGUCUGAUUAGUCUUGCGUUGUCAUGUUGGGUGAGCAUCAACAGAGGCAGGUGUUCAGGUCUGUGUGGUUGGAAGGAACCAGGGGACCUGGGUCUGUUUUACCCUCCAUCACUGACUGAGACACUCACAAUUCAUCCACAGGUGUGAGGUUUGGAGUGCAGCUGUGGCGGUUAUGACAUUUUGUCUGCCGGUUAUUGACAUGCAAAAGAUUGUCUGUCUCACGGUAAUUGAUCGUUAAUUAACAGAAACAUGUUGCGCGUCUUUGGAAAAUUUACAGUGAGGGGAAAAAAGUAUUUGAUCCCCUGCUGGUUUUGUACGUUUGCCCACUGACAAAGACAUGAUCAGUCUAUAAUUUUAAUGGUAGGUUUAUUUGAACAGUGAGAGACAGAAUAACAACAACAAAAAUCCAGAAAAACGCAUGUAAAAAAUGUUAUAAAUUGAUUUGCAUUUUAAUGAGGGAAAUAAGUAUUUGACCCCUCUGCAAAACAUGACUUAGUGCUUGGUGGCAAAACCCUUGUUGGCAAUCACAGAGGUCAGACGUUUCUUGUAGUUGGCCACCAGUUUUGCACACAUCUUAGGAGGGAUUUUGUCCCACUCCUCUUUACAGAUCUUCUCCAAGUCAUUAAGGUUUCGAGGCUGACGUUUGGCAACUCGAACCUUCAGCUCCCUCCACAGAUUUUCUAUGGGAUUAAGGUAUGGAGACUGGCUAGGCCACUCCAGGACCUUAAUGUGCUUCUUCUUGAGCCACUCCUUUGUUGCCUUGGCCGUGUGUUUUGGGUCAUUGUCAUGCUGGAAUACCCAUUCACGACCCAUUUUCAAUGCCCUGGCUGAGGGAAGGAGGUUCUCACCCAAGAUUUGACGGUACAUGGCCCUGUCCAUCGUCCCUUUGAUGCGGUGAAGUUGUCCUGUCCCCUUAGCAGAAAAACACCCCCAAAGCAUAAUGUUUCCACCUCCAUGUUUGACGGUGGGGAUGGUGUUUUUGGGGUCAUAGGCAGCAUUCCUCUUCCUCCAAACACGGCGAGUUGAGUUGAUGCCAAAGAGCUCGAUUUUGGUCUCAUCUGACCACAACACUUUCACCCAGUUCUCCUCUGAAUCAUUCAGAUGUUCAUUGGCAAACUUCAGACGGGCCUGUAUAUGUGCUUUCUUGAGCAGGGGGACCUUGCGGGCGCUGCAGGAUUUCAGUCCUUCACGGCGUAGGGUGUGUUACCAAUUGUUUUCUUGGUGACUAUGGUCCCAGCUGCCUUGGGAUCAUUGACAAGAUCCUCCCGUGUAGUUCUGGGCUGAUUCCUCACCGUUCUCAUGAUCAUUGCAACUUCACGAGGUGAGAUCUUGCAUGGAGCCCCAGGCAGAGGGAGAUUGACAGUUCUUUUGUGUUUCUUCCAUUUGCGAAUAAUCGCACCAACUGUUGUCACCUUCUCACCAAGCUGCUUGGCGAUGUUCUUGUAGCCCAUUCCAGCCUUGUGUAGGUCUACAAUCUUGUCCCUGACAUCCUUGGUCUUGGCCAUGGUGGAGAGUUUGGAAUCUGAUAGAUUGAUUGCUUCUGUGGACAGGUGUCUUUUAUACAGGUAACAAACUGAGAUUAGGAGCACUCCCUUUAAGAGUGUGCUCCUAAUCUCAGCUCGUUACCUGUAUAAAAGACACCUGGGAGGCAGAAAUCUUUCUGAUUGAGAGGGGGUCAAAUACUUAUUUCCCUCAUUUAAAAUGCAAAUCAAUUUAUAACAAUUUUGAAAUGCGUUUUUCUGGAUUAUUUUGUUGUUCUGUCUCUCACUGUUCAAAUAAACCUACCAUUAAAAUUAUAGACUGAUCAUUUCUUUGUCAGUGGGCUAACGUACAAAAUCAGCAGGGGAUCAAAUACUUUUUUCCCUCACUGUACAUAUCAUUUCAAAAAGUAUAAUAAAUCAAUUUAAUAUACACCAUCAAAAUAUAUUCAUUAUUUAUUUAUUUUAGGCAGGUCUAAAGAAACAUCAUGAUAUGAAGAAAAAGUAUUUCAGAAGAACAGAAUAUGAGUUGGCCUACUGUAUGUUAUCUGGCUAUGCGCCAUGCUGUAGGCUUGUUCAUUUAGCAGAGAAUAUAUGAUUAAGUCCCCUGCCAUUGUUCUAUGAUUUUAUAAGAAUAAUAUAAUUUAACGGAAUAAAAUAGAAAUAAUAUUUUUCCCAUUCCAGAGCAAAGUGCAAAGUGGCUAUUUAGAGCGUAAAAGUGAUCAUUGAAGAGUUAUUUGUGAAGUCUUAGAAAUCAAAACAUAUAUGGGCUGCAUGAUGCGACUAUAGGCUAUUGAUGAUUUGAGAAAGUAAAACAUUUUUAAAAAAAACUUGCGCUCCGGUUAUUUUUAAACGAUACAUCAACCACUGUUUGAGGAGCAUGCAGCCUUUCGCUGCACGACAGAUAUUCCAGUCCAAACUCUGUAUGCCAUGUGCUCUCCAACCCAGUUCCUCCAGCUACCCGGUACUCUGUAUGCCAUGUGCUCUCCAACCCAGUUCCUCCAGCUACCCAGUACUCUGUAUGCCAUGUGCUCUCCAACCCAGUUCCUCCAGCUACCCGGUACUCUGUAUGCCAUGGGCUCUCCAACCCAGUUCCUCCAGCUACCCAGUACUCUGUAUGCCAUGGGCUCUCCAACCCAGUUCCUCCAGCUACCCAGUACUCUGUAUGCCAUGUGCUCUCCAACCCAGUUCCUCCAGCUACCCGGUACUCUGUAUGCCAUGUGCUCUCCAACCCAGUUCCUCCAGCUACCCAGUACUCUGUAUGCCAUGGGCUCUCCAACCCAGUUCCUCCAGCUACCCAGUACUCUGUAUGCCAUGUGCUCUCCAACCCAGUUCCUCCAGCUACCCAGUACUCUGUAUGCCAUGUGCUCUCCAACCCAGUUCCUCCAGCUACCCAGUACUCUGUAUGCCAUGUGCUCUCCAACCCAGUUCCUCCAGCUACCCAGUACUCUGUAUGCCAUGGGCUCUCCAACCCAGUUCCUCCAGCUACCCAGUACUCUGUAUGCCAUGGGCUCUCCAACCCAGUUCCUCCAGCUACCCAGUACUCUGUACGCCAUGGGCUCUCCAACCCAGUUCCUCCAGCUACCCAGUACUCUGUACGCCAUGUGCUCUCCAACCCUGUUCCUGCAGCUACCCAGUACUCUGUAUGCCAUGUGCUCUCCAACCCAGUUCCUCCAGCUACCCAGUACUCUGUAUGCCAUGGGCUCGCCAACCCAGUUCCUCCAGCUACCCAGUACUCUGUAUGCCAUGUGCUCUCCAACCCAGUUCCUCCAGCUACCCAGUACUCUGUAUGCCAUGUGCUCUCCAACCCAGUUCCUCCAGCUACCCAGUACUCUGUAUGCCAUGUGCUCUCCAACCCAGUUCCUCCAGCUACCCAGUACUCUGUAUGCCAUGUGCUCUCCAACCCAGUUCCUCCAGCUACCCAGUACUCUGUAUGCCAUGGGCUCUCCAACCCAGUUCCUCCAGCUACCCAGUACUCUGUAUGCCAUGUGCUCUCCAACCCAGUUCCUCCAGCUACCCAGUACUCUGUAUGCCAUGUGCUCUCCAACCCAGUUCCUCCAGCUACCCAGUACUCUGUAUGCCAUGUGCUCUCCAACCCAGUUCCUCCAGCUACCCAGUACUCUGUAUGCCAUGGGCUCUCCAACCCAGUUCCUGCAACUACCCAGUACUCUGUAUGCCAUGGGCUCUCCAACCCAGUUCCUGCAACUACCCAGUGCUUAAUUUGGGAAAGCAAGUGAAAUAUUUUCAGGAACAUCGAUAGUACCAUGUUUUCACAACUAAACAUAUUUCAUUAAACUGUUGACAGCCACUCUCUGCGCACUCGAGAAAGGAAUGAAGGAGAGAGGUUAGAUGGAAACGCACGGCGGUGAGAUUCUGUAGCUGAAGGUAAUGUCAGCCUAUUAAUUAUGAAAAUAUAAAAAUGCCCUGUUACUUGGCUAUUCAAAUACAAAUUCACUAUAAUUGUAGGCUAACUGUAAGCUGCCCUGCACAAUCAAUGAACCAACAGCAUCGCCUAGGCCUAUAUGUUCUCUCCCAGACUCAUGGAUUGAAAGUUCAGAGCGUAGCAUGCGGUAACCAGUCCAUCCAGUAUGCAUAAUAAUACAGUCCACACUCAAAGGCGAUUUACUAGAAUUUAGGAUUAUAGGCUAGACUAAUUAUGUACUAAAGACAUCUUAAAUCAGUUUUUCUUUUCUAUGUAUUGCAUAACGGCACAAUCCAUUAUUUUAAUUCAGGAUUUUUUUCCCGGGCUUGGCCUCAUCCACAACGACCGUGUUGGAGGGAGAGAGUGUAGAGGACGUGGGACAGAAUAUAGCAGACUACAACUUUGGGUAAGGGGGGGGGGGGGGGGGGGAGAACAGCACAGCAGCAAACAUUGAAGGGAGAGACAUGAUACUGAGACUUGUUUGGUUUGUGCGUGACGACGUCAGAAUGUUUUGGAUUUUAUUUCUGGUUUGUGUUAGACUGAUAAACAGAAUGAAGGUGGUGUUUUUCCUGCUGCUGUGCAGCUUGAGGUGUGUGGGCUGGAACAUUUCUAAAAGCCAAGGCUCACAUUGAUUUAACCCUCGUCAAUACCAGGACAAGAAAAGGGGGGCGUUCUGCGCGCGCAGACUCUCAGGGGCGCAGACUCUCAGGGGCGCAGACUCUCAGGGGCGCAGACUCUCAGGGGCGCAGACUCUCAGGGGCGCAGACUCUCACGGACGCACACACACAGACAGACAAAUACAUAUACAGAGACACACCCUCUCCUUCUUAUUGUUCAAACAUUGACUCGACUCCAGAGUAACCUUUUCUAUCUCAAUCAUAAAGAUAAGUGAUGGAAGAUGAAAUGUGUAGCCAGAUGGAAUAGUAGACAGUAUUUCUGUAUGUGAAAUAUGUGGGUGUGAAGAUGAUGAAUAGCAAUAUAAUUAUCUGUAAGUUGUUGCCAAGGAAGUGCUUGAUAAAAAUACCUCCUACUCCCACAGUGUUAGACCUGGAGCCAGUGGAGGAACUGGCUAGUAUUGUUGUGUACGAUGAUGGAUCCCUGUGGCAGCAUCAUAGAAUACAGCUGUUGUGGACAAGGACCUUGGCUCUUUCUCUGUGUAUCUUUCCUUCACUUCGCCUCCUUUUCAAAACGUAGGCUAUUGGGGAAGGUCCGAGGGAAGUGACCUUGGACUUAUCCUCCAAUACGGUUAAGGAGGACGCAAGGAGAUGGGGAUGCAAGGAAUCGAGGAGAGUGGAGUUGAGAAACAUCCCUUGUAGUUGUCCCUGAAGUUCAUGACAGGAGUCUCACACAGAGCAGGUGUUGGGUUCUUCUGAGGAUGGAGAGGCUGUGACUGAAUGGCCUAGCUAGUUGUUGAUUGGUUGGUGGGCAGUGGAACAGCUUCUGAUGGGAGGAGGAGAAAAGAUUGUCAACAUUCUAUAGGCAUGUCUCUGUUCUAUAGAAUCAGAAUGUUCUGAAUAUUCUAGAGAAGCAUGAUGCCUGUGUGUGGUGUUAGAAUGUCUGUGUGGGUUGGGUUCUGAUAAGAACUUGAGCCUGUGAAAUAGGAAUAUAAUUAUAGUUUUGUGGGCUGUGGUCCCAUGUGUCUAAUUGGAAGUCUACAUGACAUUCUUGGGAGUGUCUUUCCUAGCCACAGGCAGCAGCACUUAACAUAUUAAAUUACUUAUUGUUAAAGUUUUGUUGAAGUUGAAUCUGGCUACCCUUACCGUUAAGUGACAGAGCUGAGGAUCUGAAAUCCCUGGUUAAUAUUCAGGCUUUUUCAAUCCUAUCAGGGAUUUGGACAAUGUGCCAUUUGAAGGUCAUUUCUGAUUGAGCUGACAUAUGCAGCAUUUACAGUGAAUGUGACCUCUGCGAACGUGGAAACAUUGCCUUUAAAAUGUGCAUUGCAGACAAAUCCCAGCCUCAGUGUACUUUCUGUGGUCGACGGGAGGCUGUCUGUCAGGUAAUUCCUGUUGUCGUUAACGUUGAGUGCCUUCUCUCUUGUUGUUGUCUCUGUGGUAACAACUGGUGUCUUUCCAUUUCCUCAAGAGUCUCUUCCCCCUGUCAGUCCUUUUCAGGGAUUCAUAACCCCACCCUGACACACACACAUAUAUAUAUACAUACAUAUACACACACACACACACACACACACACACACACUAAGCUUGUCAUGAUACCAACAUUUUGAUCUGCAUGUCAUUGUCAGUAAGGGGAAAACACUGCAUGAAGCCUCAUUUACGCUUCAGUUAACAGACACUUUCCCUCACUUCCUCACACACACAGUCUGUCUCCCUCACUCUCAUGAACACGCAUACACCGCUCUCUCUCUCCCUCAAACACACAUACUGCGCCCAACUUUUAGAACGUUGGGCACCAAACUGAAUUUAAGGAGCACCAGAAAUAAAUAGAUUUUUGAUAUAUGCUGAACAAAAAUAUAAACGCAACAUGUAAAGUGUUGGUCCCCUGUUUCAUGAGCUGAAAUGAACGUUCCCCGAAAUGUUCCAUACACACAAAAAGCUUAUUUUGCUCAAAUUUUGUUCGCAAAUUUGUUUACAUCCCUGAUAGUGAGCAUUUAUCAUUUGCCAAGAUAAUCCAUCCAUCUGAAAGGUGUGGUAUAUCAAGAAGCUGAUUAAGCCUAAUUCAGAUAAGGCAUGUCAAAACAAGAUGCCCAGUCCUCCACCCUCUCUCGCUCGCUCCUUACCCGCAAAAUUUCAGUCACAUCUCUCACCGUACACUUGUCUGUCCAAUGCAUGUAUACAACUAGCUAGAGUAUAGGGUGGCCACUCCAUAGCAAGCUGCUCUAUCCGCACUGAUUGGUGAAGUCAUUUAAUGUCGAGCUAAAUGUAAAAAGUAUAUACAGUGAGGGAAAAAAGUAUUUGAUCCCCUGCUGAUUUUGUACGUUUGCCCACUGACAAAGAAAUUAUCAGUCUAUAAUUUUAAUGGUAGGUUUAUUUGAACAGUGAGAGACUGAAUAACAACAAUAACCUAUAAAAACGCAUGUCAAAAAUUUUAUAAAUUGAUUUGCAUUUUAAUGAGGGAAAUAAGUAUUUGACCCCCUCUCAAUUGGAAAGAUUUCUGGCUCCCAGGUGUCUUUUUAUACAGGUAACGAGCUGAGAUUAGGAGCACACUCUUAAAGGGAGUGCUCCUAAUCUCAGCUUGUUACCUGUAUAAAAGACACCUGUCCACAGAAGCAAUCAAUCAAUCAGAUUCCAAACUCUCCACCAUGGCCAAGACCAGAGAGCUCUCCAAGGAUGUCAGGGACAAGAUUGUAGACCUACACAAGGCUGGAAUGGGCUACAAGACCAUCGCCAAGCAGCUUGGUGAGAAGGUGACAACAGUUGGUGCGAUUAUUCGCAAAUGGAAGACACACGAAAUAACUGUCAAUCGGCCUGGGGCUCCAUGCAAGAUCUCACCUCGUGGAGUUGCAAUGAUCAUGAGAACGGUGAGGAAUCAGCCCAGAACUACACGGGAGGAUCUUGUCAAUGAUCCCAAGGCAGCUGGGACCAUAGUCACCAAGAAAACAAUUGGUAACACACUACGCCGUGAAGGACUGAAAUCCUGCAGCGCCCGCAAGGUCCCCCUGCUCAAGAAAGCACAUAUACAGGCCCGUCUGAAGUUUGCCAAUGAACAUCUGAAUGAUUCAGAGGAGAACUGGGUGAAAGUGUUGUGGUCAGAUGAGACCAAAAUCGAGCUCUUUGGCAUCAACUCAACUUGCCGUGUUUGGAGGAGGAGGAAUGCUGCCUAUGACCCCAAGAACACCAUCCCCACUGUCAAACAUGGAGGUGGAAACAUUAUGCUUUGGGGGUGUUUUUCUGCUAAGGGGACAGGACAACUUCACCGCAUCAAAGGGACGAUGGACGGGGCCAUGUACCGUCAAAUCUUGGGUGAGAACCUGCUUCCCUCAGCCAGGGCAUUGAAAAUGGGUUGUGGAUGGGUAUUCCAGCAUGACAAUGACCCAAAACACACGGCCAAGGCAACAAAGGAGUGGCUCAAGAAGAAGCACAUUAAGGUCCUGGAGUGGCCUAGCCAGUCUCCAGACCCUGAUCCCAUAGAAAAUCUGUGGAGGGAGUUGAAGGUUUGAGUUCCCAAACGUCAGCCUCGAAACCUUACUGACUUGGAGAAUAUCUGCAAAGAGGAGUGGGACAAAAUCCCUCCUGAGAUGUGUGCAAACCUGGUGGCCAACUACAAGAAACGUCUGACCUCUGUGAUUGCCAACAAGGGUUUUGCCACCAAGCACUAAGUCAUGUUUUGCAGAGGGGUCAAAUACUUAUUUCCCUCAUUAAAAUGCAAAUCAAUUUAUAACAUUUUUUACAUGUGUUUUUCUGGAUUUUUGUUGUUAUUCUGUCUCUCACUGUUCAAAUAAACCUACCAUUAAAAUUAUAGACUGAUCAUGUCUUUGUCAGUGGGCAAACGUACAAAAUCAGCAGGGGAUCAAAUACUUUUUUCCCUCACUGUGUGUGUGUGUGUGUGUGUGUGUGUGUGUGUGUGUGUGUGUGUGUGUAUAUGUAUGUAUGUAUGUAUAUAUAUAUAUAUAUAUAUAUAUAUAUAUAUAUAUAUAUAUAUAUAUAUAUACUGCUCAAAAGAAUAAAGGGAACACAUCCUAGAUCUGAAUGAAUGAAAUAAUCUUAUUAAAUACUUUUUUCUUUACAUAGUUGAAUGUGCUGACAACAAAAUCACACAAAAAUUAUCAAUGGAAAUCAAAUGUAUCAACCCAUGGAGGUCUGGAUUUGGAGUCACCCUCAAAAUUAAAGUGGAAAAACCACACUACAGGCUGAUCCAACUUUGAUGUAAUGUCCUUAAAACAAGUCAAAAUGAGGCUCAGUAGUGUGUGUGGCCUCCACGUGCCUGUAUGACCUCCCUACAAUGCCUGGGCAUGCUCCUGAUGAGGUGGCGGAUGGUCUCCUGAGGGAUCUCCUCCCAGACCUUGACUAAAGCAUCCGCCAACUCCUGGACAGUCUGUGGUGCAACGUGGCGUUGGUGGAUGGAGCGAGACAUGAUGUCCCAGAUGUGCUCAAUUGGAUUCAGGUCUGGGGAACGGGCGGGCCAGUCCAUAGCAUCAAUGCUUUCCUCUUGUAGGAACUGCUGACACACUCCAGCCACAUGAGGUCUAGCAUUGUCUUGCAUUAGGAGGAAACCAGGGCCAACCGCACCAGCAUAUGGUCUCACAAGGGGUCUGAGGAUCUCAUCUCGGUACCUAAUGGCAGUCAGGCUAUCUCUGUCGAGCACAUGGAGGGCUGUGCGGCCCCCCAAAGAAAUGCCAACCCACACCAUGACUGACCCACCGCCAAACCGGUCAUGCUGGAGGAUGUUGCAGGCAGCAGAACGUUCUCCACGGCAUCUCCAGACUCUGUCACGUCUGUCACAUGUGCUCAGUGUGAACCUGCUUUCAUCUGUGAAGAGCACAGGGCGCCAGUGGCGAAUUUGCCAAUCUUGGUGUUCUCUGGCAAAUGCCAAACGUCCUGCACGGUGUUGGGCUGUAAGCACAACCCCCACCUGUGGACGUCGGGCCCUCAUACCACCCUCAUGGAGUCUGUUUCUGACCGUUUGAGCAGACACAUGCACAUUUGUGGCCUGCUGGAGGUCAUUUUGCAGGGCUCUGGCAGUGCUCCUCCUUGCACAAAGGCGGAGGUAGCAGUCCUGCCGCUGGGUUGUUGCCCGCCUACGGCCUCCUCCACGUCUCCUGAUGUACUGGCCUGUCUCCUGGUAGCGCCUCCAUGCUCCUUACACUACGCUGACAGACACAGCAAACCUUCUUGCCACAGCUCGCAUUGAUGUGCCAUCCUGGAUGAGCUGCACUACCUAAGCCACUUGUGUGGGUUGUAGUCUCCGUCUCAUGCUACCACUAGAGUGAAAGCACCGCCAGCAUUCAAAAGUGACCAAAACAUCAGCCAGGAAGCAUAGGAACUGAGAAGUGGUCGUGGUCACCACCUGCAAAACCAGUCCUUUAUUGGGGGUGUCUUGACUGUAAGUCGCUUUGGAUAAAAGCGUCUGCUAAAUGGCAUAUUAUUAUUAUUAUUAUUAUUAUUAUUAUUGCUAAUUGCCUAUAAUUUCCACCUGUUGUCUAUUCUAUUUGCACAACAGCAUGUGAAAUGUAUUGUCAAUCAGUGUUGCUUCCUAAGUGGACAGUUUGAUUUCACAGAAGUGUGAUUGACUUGGAGUUACAUUGUGUUGUUUAAGUGUUCCCUUUAUUUUUUUGAGCAGUGUAUAUAUAAUUUUUUAUUUUUUAAAAAUGUUUCUUAGAGGUUUAAAAAGGAAACAUAUCAGCUGUAACUUUUUUGGUUCGAACCGGUUCUUAACUUUAUUUUGCUGGUCGGAACAGUAUAACGUAGAGGAGAAAAAAUUGUUCUCUAACGGAAAAAAAUAAUGAUUCUGUUCAGAACAAAACGAUUGGGAAAUGAUUUAGGUUCGAACCCCAUAUACACUACAUGACCUAAAGUAUGUGGACACCUGCUCGCCGAACAUCUCAUUCCAAAAUCAUGGGCAUUAAUAUGGAGUUGGUCACCCCUGCUGCUAUAACAGCCUCCACUCUUCCGGGAAGGCUUUCCACUAGAUGUUGGAACAUUUCUGCGGGGACUUGCUUCCAUUCAGCCACGAGCAUUGGUGAGGUCGGGCACUGAUGUUGGGCGUUCCAAUUAAUUCCAAAGGUGUUCGAUGGGGUUGAGGUCAGGGCUCUGUGCAGGCCAGUCAAGUUCUUACACACCAAUCUCGCUUUGUGCACGGGGGCAUUGUCAUGCUGAAACAGGAAAGGGUCUUCCCCAAACUGUUGCCACAAUGUUGGAAGCACAGAAUCUUCUAGAAUGUCAUUGUAUGCUGUAGCUUUAAAAUGUCCCUUCACUGGAGCUAAGCGGCCUAGACCGAACCAUGAAAAACAGCCCCAGACCAUUAUUCCUCCUUCACCAAACUUUACAGUUGGCACUAUGCACUGAGGCAGGUAGCGUUCUCCUUGCAUCCGCCAAACACAGAUCCAUCCAUCGUACUGCAAGAUGGUGAUCGGACUGCCAGAUGGUGAAGCGUGAUCCAUUACUCCAGAGAACGCGUUUCCACUGCUCCAGAGUUCAAUGGUGGUGAGCUUUACACCACUCCAGCCAAUGCUUGUCAUUGCGCAUGGUGAUCUUAGGCCAUGGAAACCCAUUUCAUGAAGCUCCCGACGAACAGUUCUUCUGCUGACGUUGCUUCCAGAGGCAGUUUGGAACUUGGUAGUUAGUGUUGCAACCGAGGACAGACGAUUUAUACGUGCUACGCACUUAAGCACUCGGCAGUCCCAUUCUGUGAGCUUGUGUGGCCUAACACUUCGCAGCUUUUAUUUUGAUUUCAUGUAAUGGACAUAUACAAAAUAGUCCAAAUUGGUGAAGUGAAAUGAAAAAGGUAUUGCUGCAAAAGGUGGCUCUACAAAGUAUUGACUAGUUAUGCACGCUCAAGUUUUCAGUUUUUUGUCUUCUUUUUGUUUGUUUCACAAUAUUUUGCAUCUUCAAAGUGGUAGGCAUGUUGUGUAAAUUAAAUGAUACAACCCCCCCAAAAAUCCAUUUUAUUUCCAGGUUGUAUGGCAACAAAAUAGGAAAAAUGCCAAGGGGGUGAAUACUUUCGCAAGCCACUGUAUAGUGUAUCUAUGAAUUGAGAUGAGACUGGGCUUUGUUCUGGUGUGAUUUGUGUGUGUAUAUAUACUGACCAAAAAUAUAAACUUAACAUGCAACAAUUUAAAAGAUUUGACUAUAUUACAGUUCAUACGAGGAAAUCAGUCAAUUGAAAUAAAUUCGUUAGGCCCUAAUCUACAGAUUUCACAUGACUGGGCAGGGGUGCAGCCAUGGAUGGGUGGGCCUGGGAGGGCAUAGGCACAUCAACUUGACAGCCAGGCCCACCCGCUGGGGAGCCCGGCCCAGCCAAUCAGAAUACGUUUAUUUUCCCACAAAAGGGCAUUAUUACAGAUAUAAUGAAGAAGCUGGAUGUGGAGGUCCUGGGCUAGCAUGGCUACGUGGUCUGCGGUUGUGAGGCCGGUUGGAUGUACUAAGUCCCCUGUAGCUCAGUUGGUAGAGCAUGGCGCUUGCAUCGCCAGGGUUGUGGGUUCGUUGUAAUGUUAAAUGUAUGCACUCACUAACUGUAAGUCGCUCUGAAUAAGAGUGUCUGCUAAAUGACUAAAAUGUAAAUGUACCGCCAAAUUCUCUAAAACGACGUUGGAGGCAGUUUAGCAAAUGUAGAGAAAUUAACAUUCAAUUCUCUGGCAACAGCUCUGGUGGACAUUCCUGCAGUCAGCAUGCCAAUUGCACGCUCCCUCCAAUACUUGAGACAUCUGUGGCGUUGUGUUAAAGUGGCCUUUUAUUUUCCCCAGCACAAGGUGCAACUGUGUAAUGAGCAUACUGUUUAAUCAGCUUCUUGAUGUGCCACACCUGUCAGGUGGAUGGAUUAUCUUGGCAAAGGAGAAAUGCUCAUGUUCACUUUACAUGUUGCGUUUAUUUUUUGUUCAGUUCCUUCGGAAAGUAUUCAGACCCGUUGACAUUUCCCAAUUUUUUGUUACGUUACAGCCUUAUUCUAAAAUUGCUGAGGAUUUUUAUUUAUUUAAUCAAUCUACACACAAUACCCCAUAAUGACAAAGCGAAAACGAUACCUUAUUUACAUAAUUAUUCAGACCCUUUGCUAUGAGACACGAAAUUAAGCUCAGGUGCAUCCUGUUUCCAUUGAUUAUCCUUGAGAUGUUUCUACAACUUGAUUGGAGUCCACCUGUGCUAAAUUCAAUUGAUUGGACAUGAUUUGGAAAGGCACACACCUGUCUAUAUAAGGUCCCACAGUUGACAGUGCAUGUCAGCGCAAAAGCCAAGCCAAGAGGUCGAAGGAAUUGUCCGUAGAGCUCAGAGACAGGAUUGUGUCGAGGCACAGAUCUGGGGAAGGGUUCCAAAACAUUUCUGCAGCAUUGAAGGUACCCUAGAACACAGUGGCCUCCAUCAUUCUUAAAUGGAAGAAGUUUGGAACCACCAAGACUCUUCCUAGAGCUGGCUGCCUGGCCAAACUGAGCAAUCGGGGGACAAGGGCCUUGGUCAGGGAGGUGACCAAGAACACGAUGGUCACUCUGACAGAGCUCCAGAGUUCCUCUGUGGAGAUGGGAGAACCUUCCAGAAGGACAGCCAUCUCUGCAGCACUCCACCAAUCAGGCCUUUAUAGUAGAGUGGCCAGACUGAAGCCACUCCUCAGUAAAAGGCACGUGACAGCCCGCUUGGCGUUUGCCAAAAGGCACCUGAAGACUCUGACCAUGAGAAACAAGAUACUCUGGUCUGAUGAAACCACGAUUUAACUCUUUGGCCUGAAUGCCAUGCGUCACGUCUGGAGAAAACCUGACACAAUCCCUACGGUGAAGCAUGGUGGUGGCAGCAUCAUGCAGUGGGGAUGUUUUUCAGCUGCAGGGACUGGGAGACUAGUCAGGGUUGAGGCAAAGAUGAACGGCGCAAAGUACAGAGAGAUCCUUGAUAAAAACCUGCUCCAGAGCGCUCAGGACCUCCGACUGGGGCGAAGGUUCACCUUCCAAUAGGGAAAUGACUCUAAGCACACAGCCAAGACAACGCAGGAGUGGUUUCGGGACAAGUCUAUGAAUGUCCUUGAGUGGCCCAGCCAGAGCCUGGAGAGACCUGAAAAUAUUUGUGCAGCGACGCUCUCCAUCCAACUUGACAGAGCUUCAGAGGAUCUGCAGAGAAGAAUGGGAAAAACUCCCCAAGUACAGGUGUGCCAACCUUGUAGCGUAAUACCCAAGAAGUCUCGAGGCUGUAAUCGCUGCCAAAGGUGCUUAAACAAAGUACUGAGUAAAGGGUCAGAAUACUUAUGUAAAUGUAAUAUUUCGUUUUUUUAUCGGUAAUACAUUUGCUAAAAUUUCUAAAGACCUGUUUUUGCUUUGUCAUUAUCGGGUAUUGUGUGUAGAUUCAUUGGGGGGCACUAUUUUAAUCAAUUUUAGAAUAAGGCUGUAAGCUAACAAAAGGUCUGAAUACUUUCCGAAUGCACUGUAUAUCUGCUUACUGACCGGCUCUGUUGUAGAGUAGGGGAUAUGCAUUAUGACACAGGAUUGAAUAAUAUAUAAAGGCAUCACGGCUUACUCUGGGGUACUCUAGAGGCCUGACCCCCAGGCCUCAGCUCUGGGGUACUGCAGAGAGGGCUGACCCUCAGUCUCUGGGGUACUGUAGAGAGGGCUUUACCCCGGCCUCAGUCUCUGGGGUACUGCAGAGAGGGCUUUACCCCGGCCUCAGUCUCUGGGGUACUGCAGAGAGGGCUUUACCCCGGCCUCAGUCUCUGGGGUACUGCAGAGAGUGCUUUACCCCGGCCUCAGUCUCUGGGGUACUGUAGAAAUACCUGACCCCAGCCUUAGUCUCUGGGGUACUGUAGAGAGGCCUGAUCCUCAGUCUCUGGGGUACUGCAGAGAGGGCUUUACCCCGGCCUCAGUCUCUGGGGUACUGUAGAAAUACCUGACCCCAGCCUUAGUCUCUGGGGUACUGCAGAGAGGCCUGAUCCUCAGUGUCUGGGGUACUGUAGAGAUACUUGACCCCCAACCUUAGUCUCUGGGGUACUGUGGAGGCCUGACCCCCAGCUUCAGGGGUUGGUAAAAGGACAUUACACUCAUAAAUAGUAAUGUCAAGAUGAAACCACGUCCCUUUUCAUCGGUUGUGUAGAUCCGGCAGUUAUACGCCUCAUUCGCAAAUGAAUGGAAAAGAUAAGCUUUGUCUAAUUUACAGUAACCCCCUCUCUCUCUCCCUCCUCUCCCCCUUCCUCUCCCUCCUCUCCACGUUCACCGUCUCUCUCUCUCUCCAGACCAGAUCCUGCGCCGCGGGGAGGAGCAUCCCAGCAGAAUGACUCUCCUUUCCCAGACCAGGAUGAGGAGAUACUGGGCUCUGACGAUGAGGAGCAGGAAGACCCCAACGACUACUGUAGAGGUAUGAUACAGUACACACACUGACUACUGUAGAGGUAUGACACAGUACACUCACUGACUACUGUAGAGGUAUGAUACAGUACACUCACUGACUACUGUAGAGGUAUGAUACAGUACACACACUGACUACUGUAGAGGUAUGACACAGUACACACACUGACUACUGUAGAGGUAUGACACAGUACACACACUGACUACUGUAGAGGUAUGAUACAGUACACACACUGACUACUGUAGAGGUAUGACACAGUACACUCACUGACUACUGUAGAGGUAUGAUACAGUACACUCACUGACUACUGUAGAGGUAUGACACAGUACACUCACUGACUACUGUAGAGGUAUGAUACAGUACACUCACUGACUACUGUAGAGGUAUGACACAGUACACUCACUGACUACUGUAGAGGUAUGAUACAGUACACUCACUGACUACUGUAGAGGUAUGACACAGUACACACACUGACUACUGUAGAGGUAUGACACAGUACACACACUGACUACUGUAGAGGUAUGACACAGUACACACACUGACUACUGUAGAGGUAUGACACAGUACACUCACUGACUACUGUAGAGGUAUGAUACAGUACACUCACUGACUACUGUAGAGGUAUGACACAGUACACACACUGACUACUGUAGAGGUAUGACACAGUACACACACUGACUACUGUAGAGGUAUGACACAGUACACACACUGACUACUGUAGAGGUAUGAUACAGUACACUCACUGACUACUGUAGAGGUAUGACACAGUACACACACUGACUACUCUAGACGUACAACACACACACACACACACACACACAACUACCAUGUGUUACUGUUGCAGGAGGUUACCACCAUGUGAAGAUAGGAGACCUGUUCAAUGGGCGAUACCAUGUGAUCAGGAAGCUGGGCUGGGGACAUUUCUCCACCGUAUGGUUGGCCUGGGACAUACAGUAAGUUAUGUAUGUCUGUGUGUAAAAGGUGCUGAGUAAAGGCGUGUAAAAAAUUUUUUGGUGUGUUUUGAGUUUAAGUGGUAGAGGCUUGUUGGUUGUUCAGUGUGUGUUUCAGUUUGUAACAUAUGUUGUCCUGUAUUCCUAGGGGGAAGUGUUUUGUGGCCAUGAAGGUGGUGAAGAGUGCAGAGCACUACACUGAGACAGCUCUGGAUGAGAUCAAGCUUCUGAGAUCAGUGAGGAACGAACACACACACACACACACACACACACACAAUUGUACUCAAUAUGAAUUGUAUGAAUGUGUGCUCCAGGUAAGGAACACGGACCAGAACGACCCCAGCAGGGAGAGGGUGGUUCAGCUACUGGACGACUUCAAGAUCUCUGGCAUGAAUGGAACUCGUAUCCUCACUUAAACAACGACGACAACAGUGCUUUAUUAACUUUAUUAACACGAUAAAAGCACGUUCAACAUUUACUAUGAAAACAGACAACAAGAGAGAACCGGCAUAUUCCAUGUACUCCAGCGUUGUCUGGAUGUUGGCAGCUCAACACAGCCCAGCUAGAGGACACACACAGACACACAAAUGUACUGACAGUUUGUUUAUCCGUCCCAGCUAGAGACCAUUUAGAUCCUGAUCACAGCUGGGUGUCCAGGCAACACGCCUAGACUCCGUCCUAGCACGCCUAGCUUCUGGAAGAGGUCAUAAUGAGUUCUGGGUUGGUGUGCCCACUUCCAUCUUGGUUCUUUGCAGAACCUUUAGGUGUUCACGUUUUGAUAUUGUGUAGGUGUAAGCCAGAUGCAUAGGGGUGAAUGACAUGGGUGUGUGCGUUUUUGAGUUAGGUUUCCCAGCUUGUCCCUCUCCCUUGCUGUCCUGUACUUGUCCGGUACUAGUCCUUGACCUCCCCUGUCAGAUGUCUGUAUGGUGUUUGAGGUUCUGGGUCAUCACCUGCUCAAAUGGAUCAUCAAGUCCAACUACCAGGGCCUUCCUCUGCCCUGCGUUAAGAGCAUCAUACGACAGGUAAAACAAAACAACUACUUACUUCUCACACAUUGGGUUCCAGGUUGGGUGUUCCAGGUUAUCUUGAUUGCAGAAACAAACACUCAACAGAACUCUACAGAAUUUUAACACUGAAAUUGUUAGUAAUUCUGUUAUUGAAAGGGGGUUGAAAAUUCCAGAAACUUUACCAAAAGUUUCCAUGAUUCCAGGAAACCUCCAACUGGAAUUUUGGGAAUGUUUCCUCAGUGUUGAAACCCUACGAUAAAGUCUUACUGAUCCUCUGUCCUCCUGUAGGUCCUCCAGGGGCUGGACUACCUUCACUCCAAGUGUAAGAUCAUCCACACAGACAUCAAGCCAGAGAACAUCCUGUUGACGGUCAACGAGCCCUACAUCAAGAAGAUGGCUGCCGAGGCUACAGAAUGGCAGCGGACUGGAGCUCCACCCCCCUCCGGAUCCGCAGGUACACACACACACACCGCGUCAGGAAGAUGUCUUCUGGUAACUGGCCCCUCGCUUCCACCAUUUUGAAUGAACACAGUGCAGUGUUGGAAAGCUGUAUCAACAUGGACAUAAUAACAUUACCAUCCGGGCAUGGCAUGCUAGUGAAUAAUGAGAUUGUAUUAAUUAGUGCUUUUCACUCAAAGCUCUUCAAAGGAUCAUAUUCUUUUUGUAUGGAGCUUUGUCCCAAUGUUCUGAACAAAAAGAGCGAGCCCUGCCAAGUCAAGGCAGACAUUCGGCGUUUCAGUCUGUGAUCACCAGCCAGUCUAGGAGACAUUGAGGUGAUUCAUUCAUUGUCUGGAUUCCUGUUUUGCUGGUACAUCAAGAGUUUUGUAGUGAAAUUCAGACACAAGCAUCAGAGACAAAUCAUCUGACGAUUUAACGAGAGACUGAUAUCUAAAGAUUGAGCCUAACGUUUAGAUUGGUGCUAAAAGUAGUUGAUGGUAGAGACAGUGUUUCUAUGGAUUGAGAUGAGACUGGGCUUCUGGUGUGGUGUUGAAAUGAUGAGACAACCCUUUUAUCUAGCUGUCUGAUGCUGAUCCAUCUGUAAUGGUAGGGGUGACAUUGAGAGGGAGAGCUGCAGUAGAGCUUACUCGAAGCCAGGCCAUUAUGCAAAGCCAUGAAGGCUAUAAAAAAAAAAAUAGGUGUGUGUUCAGUGAGUCACUGGGUUUUGUUACAGAAAUAACCUUCCAUCUCUCAGGCGGAGUCCCGCUGGUCCACGACACUGGAGAGGGUAUCAGAACAGCUGUGUGUGUGAAUCAGCGCGCACACACACACACAAUGUACAUACACACAAACACACUGUACUACUGAAACUGCGUGCUAAUUACUGAGGCAGAUUGCUGCUGGUUUAUAUUGCUGAGGAUAUAACACUGACUAGAAUGUUCUCUCUCCCCUCUCUUCAUAGUGAGCACAGCCCCAGCACCCAAACCAGUGAGUAUAUCAGUAUUUUCGUGUUAUUUAUAAAAGCAUGUUUUGUGUGUGUGUGUGGUUGCUGCUACCAGCUGUAUCUACCAGAUAAUGCGUUGGAGUGGGUGGAUCUGUUCACACUUAACAAUGGUUUUGCAAAUGGUACAGUAGUCCAAAUGGUACAGUAGUCCAAAUGGUACAGUAGUCCAAAUGGUACAGUAGUCCAAAGGUACAGUAGUCCAAAUGGUACAGUAGUCCAAACGGUACAGUAGUCCAAAUGGUACAGUAGUCCAAAUGGUACAGUAGUCCAAACGAUACAGUUAGUACAGUACCAAAUAUUUACAGUAUAGUCCAAAUGGUUACAGUAGUCCAAACGUUACAGUAGUCCAAAUGCGUUACCGUGAGUCCAAACGGUACAGUAGUCCAACGGGUACAGUAGUCCAAACGGUACAGUAGUCCAAACGGUACAGUAGUCCAAAUGGUACAGUAGUCCAAACCUCUCAUCCCCUUUUUCCUCUCCUCAUCCCUCUCCUCAUCCCUCUCCUCUCCUCUCCUCUCCUCUCUCUCUCCUCGUCCUCUCCUCUCCCUCUCCUCGUCCUCCUCCUCCUCUCUCCUCGUCCUCCUCUCCCCUCGCUCGUCUCUCCUCUCCUCGUCCGUCACUUCUCCUCGUCCUUCUCCUCUCCUCGUCCUUCUCUCCUCGUCCCUCUCCUCGUCUCGUCCCUCUCCUCGUCUCGUCCCUCUCCUCGUCUCUUCCCUCUCCUCGUCUCGUCCUUUUCCUCUCCUCGUCCUUUUCACUCUCCUCGUCCUCUCCUCGUUCCUCUCCUCGUCCUCUCUGUCUCCUCCUCUCUCGUCUCGCUCCUCCUCGUUCGUCCUCGGCUCUCUCCUGUCCGCUCCUCUCCUCGUCCUCUCCUUGUCCCGCUCCUCUCCUUGUCCCGCUCCUCUCCUCGUCCAUCUGUCCUCUCCUCCUUUCCCCGUCAUCUCCUCGUCCGCUCCUCUCCUUGUCGCUCCUCUCUCGUCCCUCUCCUGUCCGCUCCUCUCCUUUCCCGCUCCUCUACCCGUCCCUACUCCUUGUCCGCUCCUCUCCUUGUCCCGCUCUCCUGUCCCCUCUCUCUCCUCCGUCCCUCUCCUCCCUCCCUCCUGUCCUCUCCUCGUCCCUCCGUCUCCUCUCCUCCUCUCCUUCCCCUCAUUCUCUCUCGCCUCUCCUUGUCCCCUCCCUCCUCCCGUCCUCUCCUCUCCUCCUCUCCUUCCCCUCCUCUCUGUCCCUCUCCUCUUGUCCCUCCUCUCCUUGUCCGCUCUCUCCUUCCCUCUUCCUUCGUCCCCUACUCAUCGUCCUCUCCUUCCUCCUCCCGUCCCCCUCUCCCUCCUCUCCUCGUCCUCCCUCCUCGUCUCCCGCUCUCUCCUCGUCCGCUCUCCUGUCCCGCUCCUCCUGUCUCCUUUCCUUGUCCUCUCUCCUUCCGUCUUCUCCCUCCUUUCCCGCUCCCUCCUUCCCUGCUUCCCGCCCUCUCUCUGUCCCCUGCCCUACUCCUCGCCGCUCCUUCCUUGUCUCGUCCUCUCCUCGUCCUCUCCUGUCCCCUCCUCGUCCUCUUCCUCCGUCCCGCUCUCCUCUCUCGUCCCGUCCUCUCCUUGUCCUCUCCUGUUCUGUCCCCUCCUCGUCCUUCUCGUCCUUCUCUCUCGUCCCUCUCUCGUCCCUUUCCCGUCCCCUUCCCUCGUCCUCUCCUCGUCCCUCCUCUCCUCCUCUCCUCUUCCCUUCGUCCCGCUCCUUCCUGUCCCUCCUUCUCCUUCCUCUCUCCUUCCUCGUCCCUCUCCUCUCCUCUCUCGUCCUCUCCUCUCCUUUCCCUCCUCUCCUCGUCCCCCUCGUCCCUUCUCUGUCCCCUCCUCUCCUCGCUCGUUCCUUCUCCUCUCCUCCUCUCUCCUUUCCUCGUCCUCUCCUCCUCCUGCUCCUCUCCUCUCGCCCUCCCUGUCCCUCUCGCCCUCUCUUCCCUCCUCUCCUUCGUCCUCUCUCUCUCCCUUCCUCGUCCUCUCCUGCUCCUCUCCUCGUCCCGCUCCUCUCCUCGUCCCUCUCCUCGUCCCUCUCCUCGUCCCUCUCCUCGUCCCUCUUCUCUUGUCCUCUCUCUGUUCCUUCCUCCUCCUCUCUCCCGUCCUCCUCGUCUCUCCUCGUCCCUCCUUCUCCUCUCCUCGUCCCUCUCCUCGUCCCUCUCCUCGUCCCUCGUCCUCUCCUCGCCCUCUCUCGUCCUCCCUCCUCUCCCUCUCGUCCCUCUCCUGUCUCCUCUCCUCGAUCCUCUCUCCUCUCCUCGUCCUCUCCUUCUCCUCGUCCCUAUCCUCGUCCUCUCCCUCUCCUCGUCCUUCUCUCGUCCCUCUCUCCCUUCCUCCUUCCCUCCCCCUCUCCUCCCUCUCCUCUCCUCUCCUCGUCCUCUCCUCGUCCCUCCAUUCGUCCCUCUCCUCGUCCCUCUCCUCGUCCCUUCCUGCCCUCUCCGUCCCUCUCGUCCUCAUUCGCCCCUCUCCUCGCCCUCUCCUCGUCCCUCCUGUCCCUCUCCUCGUCCCUCCUGCCCCUUCCUCGUCCCUCCCUCGUCCCUCUCCUCGUCCUCUCCUGUCCCUCUCCUCCCUUCCUCUCCCUCCCUCCACUCGUUCCCUCUCCUCGUCCCUCUCCUCCCUCCUCGUCCUCUCUGCCCCUCUCCUCGUCCUCUUCCCUCCAUUCCCCCUCUCCUCUCCCUUCCUCCCUCUCCCUCCCUCUCCCCUCUCCUCGUCCCUCUCCUCUCCUCGUUCCUCUCCUCGUCCCUCUCCUCGUUCUCUCCUGUCCUCUCUGUCCCUUCCUCGUCCCUCCAUCGUCCUCUCCUCGUCCCUCUCGUCCUUCUCCUCGCCCCUCUCCUCGUCCCUCUCCUCGUCCCUCUCCUCGUCCCUCUCCUCGUCCCUCUCCUCGUCCCUCUCCUCGCCCCUCUCCUCGUCCCUCUCCUCGUCCCUCCUCCUCCUCGUCCCUCCUCUCCUCGUCCCUCUCCUCGUCCCUCUCCUCGUCCCAUCUCCUCGUCCCUCUCCUCGUCCCUCUCUCGCCCUCCUCCUCGUCCUCUCUCGUCUCUCUCUCUCGUCCCUCUCCUCGUCCCUCUCCUCGUCCCUCCUCGUCCUCUCUCGUCCUCUCCUCGUCCCCCUUCUCGUCCUCCUCGUCCCUCUCGUCCCUCUCCUCCUUCCUCGUCUUCUCCUCGUCCUUCAGUCCCUCUCCAUUCGUCCUCUCCUCGUCCCUCGUCCUUCCCUCGUCCUCCUCGUCCUCAUUCGUCCCUCUCGCCCUACGUCCCUCCCAUUCGUCCCUCUCGUAUCCUCAUCCGUCCCUGAUCUCCUCUACAUCUGUCCCUCCAUCCGUCCCUCUCUGUCCCUCCAUUCGUCUCCUAUCCUCGUCCCUUCCUCGUCCCUCUCUCGUCCAUCUCAUUCGUCCUAUUAGUCCUAUCGUCCCUCUCCUCUCGUCCCUAUCCAUUCGUCCCUCUCCUCGUCCCCUCUCUCGUCCCUCCCUUCAUCGUCCCUUCCAUCGUCCCUCUCCCCCGUCCCUCUCCUCGUCCCUCCUCGUCCUCUCUCCUCGUCCCUCCUUCCUUCCCUCCUCUCCUCGUCCUCCUCUCCUCGUCCCUCCUCGUCCUUCUCCUCGUCCCUGUCCCUCCUCGUCCCUCUCCUCAUCCCUCCAUCGUCCCUCUCCUCGUCCUCUCCUUCGUCCCUCUCCUCGUCCUCUGCUCCGUCCCCUCUCCUCAUGUCCUCUCUCGUCCCUCCAUUCGUCCCUCUCCUCGUCCCUCUCCUCGUCCCUCUCCUCGCCCUCUCCUCGUCCCUCUCCUCGUCCCUCUCCUCGUCCCUCUCCUCUCCUCGUCCCUCUCCUCGUCCCUCUCCUCGUCCCUCUCCUCGUCCCUCUCCUCGUCCCUCUCCUCACAUCACUCUCCUCGUUCCUCUUCCUCGUCCCUUAUCGCCACUCUCCUAUGGUCCACCUCUCCUCGGCCCCUCUCCUCGUCCCCUCUCCUCGUCCCUCACCUCGUCCCUUCUUCUCUCCUCAGUUUCCCUUCUCCUCGUCCCUCUCCUCGUCCCUCUCCUCUCCUCGUCCCUCAUUUCGUCCCUCUCCUCGCCCCUCUCCUCGUACCUCUCCUCGUCCCUCUCCUCUCCUCGUCCCUCUCCUCGUCCCUCUCCUCUCAUUGUCCCUCCAUUCGUCCCUCCAUUCGUCCCUCUCCUCGCCCCUCGUCCCUCUCCUCGUCCCUCUCCUCAUCCUUCUCGUCCCUCUCCUCGUCCCUCCAUUCGUCCCUCUCCUCGCCCCUCAUCCUUCUCCUCGUACCUCUCCUCGUCCCCCCUCUCCUCGUCCCCCCUCUCCUCGUCCCUCCUAUCCUUAUCACUCUUCCUCAGACGGCGAAGAUGUCUAAGAACAAGAAGAAGAAGAUCAAGAAGAAACAGAGGAAGCAGGCAGAGAUGUUAGAGAAGAGGAUUCAGGAGAUGGAGGGAGUGCUGGAAGGAGGAGAGGAAGAGGAGGAGGAAGAGGGGAGGACAGAGACCACUACAGACGCCCCACCGCCCUCGUCUGACACGCUACAGGACAUCGCUAAUGAUGUCACAGCAGGUAAACACACUGUACUUCACCUUUAAUCUAGAUCAGAAUGUUGUGUUGUGUACCACUAUUAUAUUCUGUUCCCUCUUUAAAAAGUAACUGAAAUGCAUAGAUUUUUUUAAACCAAAUAUCAUGGGACCAGAGUUGGUGACCUGAAUCGUGUUCAUUAGGGAGCACUACAGCAAAACGUUUUUGCAAAUUCUUAUUGGAUAAGUUGACAUGGUACCUUCCCUGUUUCAGGCCGUUUUCUUCUGUUUGGAGCAUACUGAACACACAGCGGUGUAUUGAUUACUAAUCGUGUGACUGACUGUGAUCUGUUGCAUUGACCAAGGUCCAGAUAAAACGGAAGAGAAGGAGUGCAGGAUGGAGGUGACCUGCAACGGUCACGCCCACUCGGAGGGGGAGGAGAACACGGUGAGCCAGGCGGUACAGAGGACCAAUGAAGAAGAGCAGGAAGACGAAGAGGACCAACAGAAAGACAAACUCAACGCCUGCACCCCCGACAACGCCAGCAUGGAGGGUCGGGACUUGCCGGUCAAUGCAGCUUACCCGGAAUACAACGGCACAGGGCCCGGCAUCCCACACGAUCCCGGAACAGACGGUAAAGAAGGGAGAGAGCAGGGGAAGGAGGGAGAGAUGGAGGAGUGUAAACGACCAGAGAAGGAUGAGGAAGAGAUUGAGACUGAGGUGAUGCCUGGAACAGAGGAUGAAGAGGAGAGCGAGAGGAACGGUUAGUGGUGGAGAGGUGACACUUUGCUGGGUACUUCAUCAGGAGGCUGCAACGUUCCAGAACGUUCAGAUGGAACAGAGAUGUCAUGUAGAUCACACGUCUCUCUGACAUGUAGAUUAAAUGAUGGUCAGAUCUACUCCUUGCAUGUCUAUCUGCAACAUUCUGAAUGUUUCACCUCACUGAAUACCCUCCAGCUGAUGGUGUAAGUGUUAUGUUAUCUGUAAGAGUCCGUAGCUGUUAGUCUCCCCACUAACAACCACCUAAGUGCUCCUAAUAUCACCUCCUCUUCUUUCAAUCUCCACUUCGCUUUCCUCUCUUCACAGGGAUGUUUUUUUAUAUACUAUAUAUACAAAACAGUGGAGGCUGAUGAGGGGAGAACGGCUCAUAAUAAUGUCCGGAACAGAGCAAAUGGAAUGGCAUCAAACACCUGGAAACUGUGUGUUUUGAUGUAUUUGAUACCAUUCCACUGAUUCCGCUCCAGCCAUUACCACGAGCCCGUUCUCCCCAAUUAAGGUGCCACCAACCUCCUGUGAUACAAAAGUAUGUGGACACCGCUUCAAAUUGGUGGAUUCGGCUAUUUCAGACAGGUGUAUAAAAUCGAGCACACAGCCAUAGACAAACAUUGGCAGUAGAAUGGCCCGUACUGAAGAGCGCAGUGACCUUCAAUGUGGCACCGUCAUAGGAUGCCACCUUUCCAACAAGUCAGUUCGUCAUAUUUCUACCCUGCUAGAGCUGCCCCGGCCAUCUGUAAGUGCUGUUAUUGUGAAAUGGAAACAUCUAGAAGCAACAACAGCUCAGCCGCAAGGUAGUAGGCCACAUAAGCUCACAGAACGGGAACGCUGAAGUGCGUAGCUCGUAAAAAAAUAAUUUGUCCUCGUUUGCAUCACUCACUACCGAGUUCCAAACUGCCUCUGGAAGCAACGUCAGCACAAGAACUGUUCGUCUGGAGCUUCAUGAAAUGGGUUUCCAUGGCCGAGCAGCCGCACACAAGCCUAAGAUCACCUUGCGCAAUGCCAAGCGUCGGCUGGAGUGGCGUAAAGCUCGCGGUCAUUGGACUCUGGAGUAGUGGAAACGCGUUCUCUGGAGUGAGGAAUCACGCUUCACCAUCUGGCAGUCCGACGGACGAAUCUGGGUUUGGUGGAUGCCAGGAGAACGCUACCUGCCCCAAUGCAUAGUGCCAACUGUAAAGUUUGGUGGAGGAGGAAUAAUGGUCUGGUGCUGUUUUUGAUGGUUCGGGCUAGGCCCCUUAGUGCCAGUGAAGGGGAAUCUUAAUGCUACAGCAUACAAUGACAUUCUAGACGAUUCUGUGCUUCCAGCUUUGUGGCAACAGUUUGGGGAAGGCCCUUUCCUGUUUCAGCAUGAGCGAGGUCCAUACAGAAAUGGUUUGUCGAGAUUGGUGUGUAAGAACUUGACUGGCCUGCACAGAGCCCUGACCUCAACCCCAUUGAACACCUUUGGGAUGAAUUGGAACAGCGACUAAUCGCCCUACAUCAGUGCCCGACCUCACUAAUACUCUUGUGGCUGAAUGGAAGCAAGGCCCCACAGCAAUGUUCCAACAUCUAGUGGAAAGCCUUCCCAGAAGAGUGGAGGCUGUUAUAGCAGCAAAGGGGGGACCAACUCCAUAUUAAUGCCCAUGAUUUUGGAAUGAGAUGUUCGACAAGCAGGUGUCCACAUACUUUUGGUCAUGUAGUGGAUGUUCACUUGGCUAAUGCAUUGUGUUCCUCUCUCAUUCUUUCUCUCAUGUCUCUAGAUAAAGUAGCUGCAGGUAGUCUGUUGGUCAACCCUCUGGAUCCUCUCAAUGCAGACAAGAUCCAGAUCAAAAUAGCUGACCUGGGGAACGCCUGCUGGGUGGUGAGUACAUCAGACAUUCUGAAAGAUAGUGUUGAAAUAGCAGUGGGUCGGCUUGGCACCCAUUCUGCAGUGGUAUAUGUGUUCCGGAGGCAGUGGCUUAUACCACUGGACCACCCUAGACCACACUGUUUAGAAACGUUUAAAUUCAUCCUUACAUAAAUGCUGCCUUGAAGUACUUAAUUGUUAAUCAGGACAGGUAGUUGUGGAAGCUACACUUCUCAUCGACUCCAGAUAGGGCUGUUGCGAUGACCGUAUUACCUCCACACCGGCGGUCACGAGUCAUGAAGGCAUUCAAAUUCCACGUGACCAUUUAGUCACGGUAAUUAGGCUUCUCCAAGCUCUGAUGCUGCUGAUGGUCAUUAGUAGCCUACCAAACUUGCUAACUGCCUGGUACUCAGCACUCUAUUGUCCCUCUAAUCACUCGGACAUCAAUGCAAAUGUAAUCAAAAAUCUAAUCAAUCACUUCAUGAGAGCCCAUGAGCUUAUGUUGCACAACAUUUCUAUAGGCUAUGCAAUCGCACAAGAAAACAGUGAUGGCCUCUAUUAAAAAGAGGAGGAUCCCAUCAGCUUUCUAUAGGCUAGGCCUACUAUAUUUAUUUCUCAACUUUCCUAAUAUUAAGCACAUUGCUUAUCUUUACAACAGGAGUAUAGCCUACCUGGCUGGCAUGAAAAUAAACCACGGGUAAAGUGUCCUCCAUUCGCUAUUUAAGGCAUUGAUUGAAUGUAUUUUUUCUCCUGCCCCUGUUUCAAGACAGGUGAUGAUAAUGGCCCAUUCUAAAUCAAAACAAAUUUCACACAUAUAUAUUAUUUAGUAUAUGUAAAGACAAGAUUAAUUCAAGAAUAGUCUGAUGGGUGACAAUAUUAGCCUAUCACUUGUGAAUGAUGCCCAACGUAAGGCAAGAAACAAAGCCUUUUUUUGUGCUUUUUCUAAUCAUAGUCGCACACCUCAUGUAGCCUAGCCCAUAUGCCUAUAUGUUUUGAUAAGGUUUGUAUCACAACUGAAGUGGCCAAAUAACUUCUUAAAAUUAAGCACAUUCAUCCGCUUUACCAGGAGUGUAGAGCCUAACUGGCAUACAUAAGCAGCACGUGAGUUUCAAGUUUGGGGAAGAUCAUUUUCACCAUAAAAAUGCACCUUUAUAAUAAAAGCAUUACAUGCAUAAUCGCAUUGGCGGUCACUUUUGAUAACAGGGUUUUCCCGCUAAUGGAACAUUCGCGCUUAUAGCCUACUGCCGUGUGCGCAUUGCUGCGCUGAUAAUGUGAAGAAAUAACCUAAUAGUUGAUCAACAUUUCAAGCUAAACGUUCUGAUCUGUUGCUUCAGCCACAUUGCAUAAAAAAGUUUUUGGGAUGCUAGUGGUUGUAUUAAUUUGGGAUCUAUCGCAUCCCACAACUGUCCCAGACUAUGUUUGGAAUAUUUAUUUAUCGCACAGAAUAGAAUAGGUCGACUUUUGCACUAUGGGGGAUAGUAUAUUGACAUAGGCUAGUGCUUUUGCUGUUCGUUAGGUCGACUCAUCUUGUUGGCUGACGAAACGUAAAUGUGGACAGUUCUUCCAAUAUCUUCAAUAUGCACCUUGGAAUUGGAUAAGGACAUGAGCAGUUGCGUCCCCGAUGUCUGUCUUCACUUGUAGCCUGUGAAAAAUAAUUGUUCACGUGAAGGAGAGCCAUGUGAGUGAGAGGUGCUUCGGAGCGCACAGCACUCAGAGGAAAAUAUCCUUUCUGUUUAAUUCAGCUUUGUUCAAUUGUAUCCUUCAUACUAUGAAAUAAUGCCACGGAACUCUUGUGUGCUAAAUGAACUAGUGUAGCCCACAGCCAUUUGGCAUAGCCAGAUCAGGACCUAACAUAAGGACAACUCAGAGGAUGCUAUUCUGUUCUUCUGAAAUAGACUACAUUUUCUUCAUAUCAUGUUUCUUUAGACUUGUCUAAAAUAAAUCAUUGAUGUAUUGUGAAGGUGUAGACUAUAUUACAUGGAUUUUUUUAAAUGUAGAUGUUCCAAGGGUCUGCAUCAGUGGCUUGUAGGCUAUGUGUGGAAGCCAGGAGGUUUAUGUUAAUUAAUUGUCAAUUACCGUGAGCCCGACAGUUAUUUGGUUGACAUUCACUGGCUGACGAAAUUUCGUGACCGCCACAGCCCUAACUCCCAGAUGAUCAGAUGAUGAAACUGACUGGAUGAGCAACAGUUUUACUAAUACGAGUCAUUUCAGAUCAGUGAUGGCUUUUUUAUUUUUCUGCCUUGCUCUCUCCCUUCUUUUAUCUCUCUCUCUCCCUCAGCACAAGCACUUUACAGAUGACAUCCAAACUCGUCAGUACCGUUCUCUGGAGGUGUUGAUGGGAGCGGGCUACGGGACGCCUGCUGAUAUCUGGAGUACUGCCGCAAUGGUGGGUGGACACACAUAUACACACACACACACACACACACACACACACUCUCCUCCUGCAUGUAAUAUCAACCCAAAACAUGCCCUUGCCGGUCUGUGUUCCUGUCAGUUGAAACACACAUUGAAUGUUUCUGUUUACCAACUGUCAGAAAUACCACAGGUCAGGUGGGCUGUAUGAUAUUGACUUAGAAAUAAAUGUGAUGCAGUGAAAUGACUAUGUAAAAAAUAAAUAUAAUUAUGCGGGUUACAACUUACGAUUACAACCAUGUUUCAUAAAUGGGUUAGUUUCCUAAGGAAGGUCCCCCAGGAACAUGAAACACCUUAGUAAAUGUGGUUCUCUGUAGCUCAGCUGGUAGAGCACGGCGCUUGUAACCCCAAGGUAGUGGGUUCGAUCCCCGGGACCACCCAUACACAAAAAAAAAUGUAUGCACGCAUGACUGUAAGUCGCUUUGGAUAAAAGCGUCUGCUAAAUGGCAUAUUAUUAUUAUUAUUAUUAUUAUUAUCCUCAGUAAGUUUAACUAGCCUAGCAGACAGUGCUUUGAUAUGUGCUUGUAUUGAGCUGCUCGGCUGGCUAGUCAUCAGUCUAUACCCUGUCUGGUGUGACUGAGCGGUUCAAAACAACAACAAGGGCUGGCUAUGGUCUACUUCAUUAGUUACCUACACAGACGCAUGAAGGAGAGCCUUCCCUGAAAGUCUCACCACACACACACACACACACACACACACACAGGAGAUCAGCCUUCCUUGAAGUGCAGGAGGAGUGUGCUGACCUUCAGAAGGCAGUUAAACCACAAAGGAAUGUGAGGGAAGAAACAGGACAAGGACAAGUUAAGAACAUUUUAUUCUGGUAUACAAUGGUUUGUGGUAGUGUGUUAUAGUAACUAUGUUGUGACUGUGUUUUGACCAGGCCUUUGAGCUGGCUACAGGAGACUACUUGUUUGAGCCUCACUCUGGACAGGACUACACAAGAGAUGAAGGUAUGAUCCCCUCCUCCACCCCCCACCCUCCCUCUUAUUUAAAUCUUACAGAUUGUGCCUUUUAAAAGUCUGUCAGAUAUUUUAUACCUCAAAAUAGGGACCUGUGUUUUGUGUGAUCAUGUGACAUAGCAAGAUUUUAUCCUGUAUUUUAAUCAGGAAAUUGAAAAAUUACCCCACAAUGAAAAGCAAUUGUCUGAGGGUGGUGUUUGGGCAGUCUGACAUAUAAAGAAAAGGGGACAGUUUGAUAAAAUCGUUAAAAAAAAAAUAAAGGUUCAAAUCCCAGCAUGUCAUGUUUGCACAAAACACAAGGCCUUACUUUAGACACUCACAUCCAUUGGCAUCCUGCUGCUGUCUCCCUGAGGACCUUUAUCACAAAUGAGAUCGGCACCAUGUUAUUCAUUUCUCCUCCUCUUCUGUGUGUUUAGACCACAUAGCGCUGAUCAUUGAGCUACUGGGCAAAGUUCCUAGGAAGCUGAUCUUAGCAGGAAAAUACUCCAAGGAAUUCUUCACCAAGAAAGGUAAACAAAUGCCACACCUACUGUUUCUUAGUGUUAGUGUGUGUGUCAGUGUUAGUGUUAGUGUGUGUGUCAGUGUGUGUGUGUGUGUGUCAGUGUGUGUGUGUGUGUGUGUGUCAGUGUUAGUGUUAGUGUGUGUGUUAGUGUGUGUGUCAGUGUGUGUGUGUUAGUGUGUGUGUCAGUGUGUGUGUGUGUCUGUGUGUGUGUCAGUGUUAGUGGGAGUGUGUGUGUGUGUGUGUCUGUGUUAGUGUGUGUGUGUGUGUCUGUGUUAGUGUGUGUGUGUGUGUGUGUGUGUCAGUGUUAGUGGGAGUGUGUGUGUCAGUGUGUGUGUGUGUGAUGUUUUUCUGUCUUUUUGCUUUUUCUUGUAAACUCAAACAAGGUCUGUAUUAUAGUGUAUUAUAGUUAUCCUAGUUUCAUAGUUUUUGUGUCCUAGCAGGUUUAAUGUUGAGCCUUAUCUAUGUGUGUGAUGUUUUUCUGUUUUAUUGAUCUUUCCACAUGUAAACUUAACUUUUUGCGGUAUGUGUGUAGUUAACUCCCUCCCUCCCUCCCCGUAUAGGUGAACUGAGGCACAUUACCAAGCUGAAGCCGUGGGGUCUGUUGGAGGUAUUGGUAGAGAAGUAUGAGUGGUCUAAAGAGGAGGCAGCUACCUUCGCCAGCUUCCUGCUCCCAAUGUUAGACCUGGUACCAGAGAAGAGAGCCACGGCUGCAGAGUGCCUCCGACACGCAUGGAUCGCCCCCUAGAGGAUCCCUGGCGCUACUACAGCCACAAGCAAUACAUAUACAGUACAUACAGACAUGCACACAUAUACAUGAACAUGCGUACAUAUACACACAAACCCAGACACUCUUCAACAUACAUGCACACAUUCAAACAUACGUAAACGCACACCUCAACGGAGAGCCAGUGCUUUCGCUAUGACUGCAUCUCCACCUAGUGGUUCAAGUCAACACAUACACUCCCAACAUACGCACGCGCACACACCCACACUAGAGACUGGCUGCUGAAAACCCUAGGGUCAUAUAAAACACUGGUUCCAGAUAAUCCAGUAGAACUCUAUCUGUUUCUCUUAUUUGGUUCCUUGUUUCUACUGACUGGAUAUCACUUGAGUAUCUGAUGUAUUUUUGUUCCUCUUCUCUCCCUUUCUUCUCUCUGUACCAAUGAUGACACCUAGUAACACGUUUUGUUCUGAGAGUGUCCUUUCUUUUAGUUUACUUCUUGUUUGUUUGACAGAUGUGCAUGUUCAAUCAGAUUUAAGAUCUCCAAUGGAAUUUUUGUUCUGCAAUCAUAUCUCCAGAACACCAGCCGUCUACCACUAG